GGCUGAUUUACGACAGUCAGAGAGCAGCGUGUGGGACAUUAGGCUGGUGUUGUACAGGUAACACAGGGGAGUUCGGUUCCUCUAAUACAAUAACUGGCUUCCGCAGGCACCACUGCCCCAUAACACAGAGUGGAGAAGAGCCCACUGCCAUGCAAUAAGUUUAUGGGCUAUUCUUUAUUGUAAAAUAGUCAUAUUACGGAGUACUUACCGCAUAUAGGUGGUGGUGGUGGUGUAAGUUAUCGGUGUCCCUUUAAUGAUUAGGUUUUCCGAAUUCCACUCCUCGUACUGGCCAUUUAAUGACAUGUUAAUACAGACAUGUCCUUGUCUAUUCCCUUAAUAACCCCCGCCUCCCCCCAUGCACUUGCAUGUAUAUUCCUAUUUUAAUUUCCCUGAUUCUGACAUUCCAACACCCAGUUAUUUAUAAUUCUGUCCUACCCGUGGAUAGCAUCAUCUUAAUCUUGUCAUACCCAGGCCUUGUUCCCCAAAGCUUGGUUUACCAAUUUCUACUUCCCACUUAAUCCUGACAUUCUCAUUUAUAGUUAAUUAUAAUACUGACAUGCUCAUGUCUAUCUUCACCUUAAUCAUGACAAACUGAUAUCUAGCUCCCUAUUAUUAAUAAUGACAUAUCCAUGUCUAGCUCUCCUUUAAUCAUGCUAUACCCAUGUAUAAUUUGCCCAUAAUCCUGACCUAAUCAUGUCUAGCUCCUUCCUGUUUGUAACAUACCCCAUGUCUACUUCCACCUUAAUUGUGACAUACCCUUGUCACCAUUUUAAUCCCUAAAUAUGCAUGUCUAACUCCCACUUAAUAUACUCAUAUCUACUUGCCCAUUAAUCCAUGUCCAGUGCCUUCUAACAUACCUUUGUCAAAAAACUUGCAAUGGAAACAUAUCUUGAAGUCCACAAGUCAAUUGCUUUGCAAAAUAAGAGCUUCCCCUUAAAUGCUAAGGAUCACUGUUAAUACAAGGUUUUAUUUUAUACUUCUAAGGCAACAGAAAAAUGGGUGAUCCGGAUCGGGCACUGAGUGCGUCACCCAACUGGUAUUGCAGUCGCUGUAGUGAUGCCGCUGGAGGACUUUUUGGAUUUGGUGCACGCAAUUCUAUUUUUCUGAUGCGCAUCAGCCCAGAGGAGCCUGGGCUGUAUGGUAAGUGUCAUCACAACCCAAAAUUAUUAGCUAAGAUAAGAUAAAAGCCUAGAGUUUUACAUGACUUUGUUAGAAAAAUGUCAACUUUUAUGUAUUUUAUAAAAAAAAGAAAAAGAAGUUAUCAUUGAAUGGACAUUCUAAACUCCAUAUGUUCUACAUCUUUUUAUGGAAUGUUUGGGUGAUCCUCCCAGACAGGAUUGUCCCGAAGCCUGCUGCCAAAUUAUAGAAAUAAGAAUUAAUGUGGAGGCAUUUCUCAGUGUGGUUUAGUUAUAGGAACAGCAGGUUCAGCUGAGUGCUUCUUUGUUUUGUUUUUGGUAUCAAAACACAGGAACUGCAAGUGUGUGUGUGUGUGUAUGUGUGUGUAUAUAUAUAUAUGUAUGUGUGUGUAUAUAUAUAUAUAUAUAUAUAUAUAUAUAUAUACACACACACACACACACAGUGGUUAGGAAGCCUGGAGUAUCUGGGUGCUAGGUCCAAGUUACUGCUAAUAAACUGUUAGCAAAUAUUUUAGCAGAUCAUAACCUCAUUAGAUUAUGUACCAUGAUCAAGUGGAAUUAGUCCCAAAGGACAAACUAUUAGAGCAGCUAAUAUUAUCCGUAAUGCUGCACUAGAAAACAUAACAUCCCUGAUGCUGUCCACCGACACUGAGAAAUCAUUUUUACUAAUAGUUUAUCAACUUAUAAUGUAUCCACCCACCAAAAGACUUUGAGAUGAAGUAAAGAGUUUUCACUGCACUCAUUUGGUAUCCAAUAAAGUGUCUUGAGGAAAUCCCAUGAUAUUUAUUGGUUUAUUAAAGAACAUACAUACAUGGCCACUUAAAUGCAAACAAAACUAUUUGUUCUUCGAUUCUUUGGAGUAUGUUCUUUUAAGAAUCUUGACUUAGCACAGCCAAGUAAUAUGGGGUAAGUUCCAUCUGUGUAUACCUGCCACCAUUAUUUGUGCUUGGGGGGAGUAACUUUAUAAAGUGAUGAUAAAUCUCUAAGCUAGGUGUAUAUUUAUGUAUUUCAAUGUAUAUUUAUUUACACAUUAAUGUAUAUUUAAAGUGAUGAUAAAUCUGAAGCAAGAUAUAUUAAUUAUUUCAAUGUAUAUUUUUGCAAGAUGAAAGAGAAGAGAGAGCUUACCUUAGGUAAAGUACCCUGGGACAGGGAAUUUUCCGUAUAUACUCGAGUAUAAGACGAGUUUUUCGGCACAUUUUUUGUGCUAAAAAAAACCCACUCGUCUUAUGCUCGAGUGAGUGUCUGUAUUAUGGCAACUUACAUUGCCAUAAUAUAGACCAGGACCGCCCGGCUCUCUACAAGCCUGGCGGUCCUGUUGGGGGCUGGGAGCAAACUGUUACUUACCUUUACAUCAGCUCCUGUCAGCUCCCUUCACCUCUGUGCUGUUCAGCUCCAGCGUAAGUCUCAUGAGAGCUGCGGCCGUCAGAGCGUUGCCACAGGUUACCGUGGCAACGCUCCGCGCGGCACGCAGACCGCAAGAUUUACACUGGAGCUGAACGGCACGAAGGAGAAGGGAGCUGACAGGAGCUGCUGUAAAGAUAAGUAACAGCUUGCUCCCAGCCCCCCCCCACUGUACAGCCCAUCCACUGGACCACCAGGGAAUAAUAUAGCGCCCCUCCCUGGCCAUGUAUCAAGCAGGGAGGAGGGACAAAAAAAAUAAAAUAAAAAUGUAAUAAUAUUAAAAUAAAAAUAAAAUGUAAUAUUAAAAUAAUAUAAAAAUGCACACCCUGCAUCACAUACACACACACACUCUGCAUCACACACACUGCAUCACACACACACACACUCUGCAUUCAUUAUAUACACACACUGUAAAUAAAUAUUCAAUUAAUAUAAUUUUUGGGGGAUCUAAUUUUAUUUAGAAAUUUACCAGUAGCUGCUGCAUUUCCCACCCUAGUCUUAUACUCAAUAAGGUUUUUCCCAGUUUUUUUGGGGUAAAAUUAGGGACCUCGACUUGUAUUUGGGUCGACUUAUACUUGAGUAUAUACGGUAUUUCUAAUUUUGACAUUGGUGAGAGAUCUUGAAAUUGCAAACCCCUUCAUGAUAUAUGGGAGGGAUUGCUAGGGUCAGAUUCUGAGAGGUUGGUAGAAUAUGUAAACACAUUGCAAAACACCAUAAACAGUUAUUAGAUUGGGGAUGUGAUAAGUGUUGGAUACUUGUUUAAUAGUACAAGGUAAAAGUACAGCAUGUGCAACAUGAGAUAGCUCAACAUUAGGCUGGAUUAGAGUAGGCAAAAUUAAAAGAUACAUGACCUGUCUCAUAUUUUGUAAUUAUUAUUAUUUUUUUUUAUUUUUUUAAAGCAAUGGUUUUAUCAAAUAAGAAACAAUAUAUAUCCUUUUUAGAAUGUCUGCUGUGCUAUUUUUGAUGCAUGUUUUCUCUUUUCCUAUCCCAGGGGAGCUGGUAGGACAUACGGACAGGGUAUCUGGCUUUGGCUUUUGUCACUAUUCUGGUCUGACCCACCUCUGUGGCAGCAGCUCUGAUGAUGGCACCGUGAAAGUUUGGGACACCCAGACCAAGAGUAUAGUAACAGAGCACAAGCUUCACAGGGUAUGUAAUAGGUGUCUGUUGGGGGAGAAAAAGUGAUGGAUAUAAUGAGAUGUAGGGGGACACUUGUGAUAACUUUUAAAUGGUAUGAGUAAGAAAGCAUGAGCUGUUCUAACAGCAGAAUGCCCCAUUGAAACUAGAUUCAAAUUAAAGCAUAAGAAAGUACCAGUUAACCUCAUGUCUUUCUUCCCCUUGGUUUAUUUUUUUCUUAUUCACUGUGGUGUAUUUUCUGACCGUCUUCCUCCUUCUCACAGUUUGAUUUAAUCUAAUUUGUGGUCUCCCCGUCUCUUAAUUCUCUUGUGAAGGUUUUUUCUAACAUUCCCCUUUAGGGUCCAUUACCCAAGUAUACCUUUUCCUCCAUUUAGCCCCGCACUCUGCUAUGUAACACAUGUAUUAAACCCCUCUUUGGUUUUUUGUUUAUCAAACCUUUCAUAUCAGUAUAUACAUCUUCAGUGGUCUUAAAACUUUCCUUUCAGUGGUCUUAGACAUAAGUGUCAAAGCCCCCAAUGUUGCGAGCCUCUCUUCAUCUUUCUCAUUUUCCCAAUGUUUCAAUUAUCUCUUUUUCUAACCCUCAUGAUUCAGUGUAUGAACUUCACGUGUAAAUAAAACAUGUAUAUAAAUAUCUAAAUACACUAGAGUGUGCCAGAAGAUUCCAAUAUACAAAUUUAAUUUAUUGGUCUUUAUUACGAGGUCUGUUUUCUGGGAGUUGGCCUCAGAGUGGAGGCAUUUACCAGCUAUACACACACUGGAUAGCCUUUGUUUUUUCCAGCUUCUUCAUGUUCUAGUAGAAGAGAGAACCUUUCAUUUAUCAUAAGCAUACUUCAUUUUGUUCAGUCGUAAUAUAUAAAAAUUCUAUACGAAUCUCUGAAAAUUAUCUAAAUAAAGGAGAAAAAUAUCAGCAAAAAUCAGCACGGUUUUAUGAAGCACAGGUCAUGUCAAACUAACUUGAUUGCGUUCUACGAAGAAGUAAGUAGAAGUAUAGAUCAGGGUGUUGCCGUGGAUGUGAUCUAUUUGGAUUUUGCCAAGGUAUUUGAUACAGUUCCACACAAUAGAUUAGUGUUCAAACUCAAGGAAAUCGGUCUAGAUGAAAAUGCUUGUUCUUGGGUAGAACAUUGGCUUAAAACAGAGUACAAAGAGUUGUCAUUAAUGGUAAAUUUUCAAGCUGGACAGAGGUGGCAAGUGGUGUCCCUCAGGGUUCUGUUCUGGGACCCCUUCUAUUUAACAUUUUUAUAAAUGAUCUUGAAGACAGCAUUGAAAGUCAUGUUUCAGUGUUUGCAGAUGACACAAAACUCUGUAAAAUAAUACAAUGUGAGCAAGAUAUUACUGUGCUGCACAGGGAUUUAGAUAGACCGGGGGACUGGGCACUCAAAUGGCAGAUGAAAUUUAAUGCUGAAAAAUGCAAAGUUAUGCACUUCGGCGUAAAGAAUACACAAGCAACGUAUACCCUUAAUGGAAGCGAAUUAGGGAUAACAACACAUGAAAAGGACUUGGGAAUUGUUAUAGACAACAAACUAUGCAACAAUGUGCAAUGUCAAUCAGCAGUGGCCAAGGCCAGUAAGGUAUUGUCAUGCAUGAAAAAGGGCAUUCAUUCUCGGGGUGAGAAUAUCAUUUUGCCUCUUUAUAAAUCACUGGUAAGACCCCAUAUUGCAUAUGCUGUGCAAUUUUGGGAGCCUGUUCUAAAGAAGGAUAUUAUGGCACUAGAAAAAGUGCAGAGGCGGGCUACAAAAUUAAUAAAAGGAAUGGAACAUAUCAGCUAUGAAGAAAGGCUAACAAAUUUUAAACUUGUUUAGUUUAGAAAAACGUCGCCUGAGAGGGGAUAUGAUAACAUUAUACAAAUAUAUUCGGGGCCAAUAAAAAACCAUUGUGUUGAAAUCUAUUCACAAACCGGACUUUACAUAGGACACGAAGUCAUGUGUUUAGACUGGAAGAAAGAAGAUUUCGUCUAAGGCAAAGGAAAGGUUUUUUUACUGUAAGAACAAUAAGGAUGUGGAAUUCUCUGCCUGAAGAAGUGUUUUUUUUCAGAGUCCAUACAGAUGUUCAAACAGCUGCUUGAUGCAUACUUGCAAAAACAGAAUAUUCAAGGAUAUAAUCUUUCAAUGUAGGGUAAUAACUGCUUGAUCCAAGGAUAAAUCUGACUGCCAUUCUGGGGUCAAGAAGGAAUUUUUUUCCUACCUUGUUGCAAAAUUGGAAGUGCUUCAAACUGGGGGGGGGUUUUGCCUUCUUUUGGAUCAACAGCAAAAAACAAAUGUGAGGAAGGCUGAACUUGAUUGACGCAAGUCUCUUUUCUGCUAUGUAACUAUGAGAACGAUUAUUUGUACUCUUUCUUAUGAAAAAAGGAAUUAAUUAAACCAGAAUUUCAUGACAUGUUAUAAUACCUCUUUGUCCCUUUUUGUGACAUUAGCAUCUAAGGUUGUCUUCCAUUCCUUUUAUAAUGGGUAGAUUUUUUUUCUAAAUCUGUUAACGUCAAAUAGUUGGAUUCAUUUAUUUUAUUUAACAUAUACCAGUUUUUCUUCAUAUUCCUGUGUUAAUGAAGGCAUGUCUUCCUCAAAAUGUGUGGAUGAAGAAUUUGUGUUCAAACAAAAUAUAUAUUACAUUGUUCUAGCAAAUUCUAGCUAUUGUUAUAUUUCCAUUGCAAGUGCACUUUAACUUUCAUUUCUUUAUAUAUUCUUUUUACAUUAGAACACAAUUACUGCCCUGCACUGGUCACCUCUAGUUAAAGGCUUGCUAGUGACUGGGGAUGAGAAGGGCAUAGUUGUUUGCUUUUGGAGUAAUCGGAAUGAGGGCCAACAAUUCUUUCCAGAACCAAGAACCAUUUUCUGUCUCUCCUGCUCGCCACAUCAGGAGGACAUAGUUGCAGUUGGGUAAGCAUUAUUAAACGCUUUCAUGUAUCAUAAAAUUAGUAUACAACCUAGCUCAUUUUGCACUGAAAUUACAAAUGUAUGUUAACUACUUAGCAUGCUUGUACUUCUCUGCUAAACCUGUGGGAUCCAUAGUCAUUCACAUUGCCACUCCCAUUGGUUUGACUUGGAGCUCAGUGAUGGGCUGGAAUGCCUGUGGUGCUUUCUGAUGUGACGGAUGUUCUAAAAAGGCAAUUAUGCACGAGGACUUGCUGCAGGAGAUCAUCCAUAAAUGUUUGUGUCCAUAAAUUUACAUGGGCUUGACAAAUACAUUUUGCCAAGUUUCCUUGGUGACUCACACAUUUGAUCUCCCAUAGCCAGUCCCCAGUGUUAAAAUAAGUGAUCAGCAGGGUGUGGAGUGGGAGGAAAAAUUAAUUCUACAUAUUAAUGUCUACAUAUCAAGGAAAUGUGAAUAGCGCAAGGAAAGCGAAAAAAAAAAUCACCCAAGGAAGAAUAUUGUGUCAGUUAGACCGGGUCUUCCAAUAGAUGUAUGAGUGACAGAUUAUGCAUGAGAGAGAGAGUGAGUGUGAUUAGUUUGGUUUGUAUUUGUUAGAAUUAUUAUUAUUAUUAGCAGAAUGUAGAUAUGUAGCACCAACCUAUUUCACAGCACUUUUCAAUUAUACCUCUCUCUAGGGUAAUUGUCACUGAAUAUCUGUUUAACGAAUGUCAAUUUAUCCUAGGUACAAGGAUGGUAUGAUUGUGUUAAUAGAUGUCAGUCGUAGAGGGGAUGUAGUUCACCGGCUGCGAGGACAUGAUGAAGAGAUACACUGCCUGGCAUGGUGCCCUCAACCACGGGAGGAGGAACUACAGCUGAAACUAGAAGAAACAUCUGGUAUGAAAAUUGCAUACCCCAAGUUCACUUAAAUAUUUGUACAAGUAUUUUUAUUAUAUUUAUUUGAUGAGUACUGUAUUCUGUAAUCAUAUUUAUUCAUCGUGUAAGCAAAGUGUUUGAAUUUAUCAUAUGAUAUAAAAUCCAGAAGUGCGAAUAUAAGCACUAUUUUCUCUUCCUGUAUAAACUAAAGGGCUAUUUAUUAUAGGAGUGCUAUGAUGCACCAAUCAAUAUCUCCUCAUAGAAAUGGUUUAGCUCUGGAGAAUGUCCAGCAUCUUUAUGCAGAGCAUGAAGAAUCUGAAUUUUGCUCCUGCAAACAAUGAAUAUUGAACCACAACAACAAGCUCCUCCAAUGAUGACCAUUAGAGAUGUCCUUAGUGACAAAAGUAAACCCAGCCUUUUUUUAACGUUUUUAAAAUAGUCAGACUGCAGGGAUACACUUUUUGCACCAGAACCACUAAAUUAAAGAGUACUUUAAACACUGCAUUUUUGAAAGAUCAGAUACACGCCUAAAAUGCAGUAUGACAAUAUACAAAUUAUGAUACUUCAAUUUUGAUUUCUGCUCAAUUUUUUUUAAACCAAGGCAUGCACAGUUUAAUCUGCUAACAAUGUGUAGAUAGUGCAUAACAGUAUUUUACUGUCCAAAAAAUAUAAAAAAAUUUAAGAGAGAAAAAAAACCUCAUUUUUUAUUUCCUUCAUUCUCGCUCAUCUGUGUUUCUCCUCCACCUCUCUGAUCUGAGGUCCCAAUGGACACACAUACACUGAUCAGCCACGACAUUAAAACCACCUGCCUAAUAUUGUGUAGGUCCCCUUCUUGCUGCCAAAACAGCUCUGAUGCGUUGAGCCAUGGACUCCACAAGACCUCUGAAUGCGGAAUAUCUGUGGUAUCUGGUACAAAGGCCUGCAAGUUGCGAGGUGGGGCCAUCAUGGAUUGGAUUUGUUGUUCCUAUGGAAUUUGGAGGUCUAGGCUACACCUUUAACUCUUUGUCAUUCCUCAAACCAGUCCUGAACAAUUUUCCUCCUGUAAGAGGCCAUUGCCAAUUGGAAACACCAUUGUCAUGAACAUGUACAUGGUCUGCAACCAUCUCUAGGUAGGUGGUAAGUGUCAAAGUAACAUCCAUAUGAAUGCAAGGACCCAAAGUUUUCCAGCAGAACAUUGAACAGAGCAUAACACUGGCUCUUCCUACCUUCUUCCCUUGUUGCAUCCUGCUGCCAUCUCUUUCCAAGGUAAACAAUGCACAAACACCUGACCAUCAAUUAUGCUCUAAAAUAAAAGGUGAUUCUUCAGACCAGGCAGCUUUUUUCCAUUUCUCCAUGGUCCAGUUCUGAUGCUCAUGAUGACGCCCAUUGAAGGUGCUUUCAGCGGUGAACAAGGGGUCAUCAUGGGCACCCUGUCUAACAUGGCAAGCAUUACGUUUUUAAGCUGUUUGAGCUACAGCAGCUACAGUAGCUUUUAUGAGUAAUUGACAAACUAGCCUUCGCUAUCCAUUUGCAUCAAUGAUUCUUGGGUGCCCAUGACCCAGAUACUGGUUAGCCAGUUCUUCACUGAACCACUUUUGGUAGGUACUAACCACUACAUAACAGAACAUUCCAACAGACAGGCCGUUUUGUAGAUGCUCUGACUGAGUUUUCUAGACAUCACUAUUUGGCCCCAGUUCUUUGCUUGCCCAUUUUUCUGCUUCCAACUCAUGAAAUUCAAGAACUGACUGUUCACUUGCUGAGAUAUAUAUAUAUAUAUAUAUAUAUAUAUAUAUAUAUAUAUAUAUAUAUAUAUAUAUAUAUAUAUAUAUAUAUAUAUAUAUAUAUAUAUAUAUACAAUGUUAUUCACGUCAUCUGUCAGUGGUUUUAUUGUUGUGGCUGAUCAGUGUAUGUUUGUACGUGCUAUUGUAACCGCUGGUGGUUCCCUUAUUUACCACUAUAAUGUCUUAAAGCAUAGAACUUAGUAGGGCUAACCAUACAGAUAUCAUAGCCAUAAUUUUAUAUAGUGUAAGAGAUCCUCUAUUUAACAUAUAUAAAUAAUUGAGAAUACAAUAUAAAAUAAGGAUUGUCUUGGAAGCAAUCGUUUUGUCUUUUGGAUAUUUAUUAUAUAAAAAUAUAAAAUCCAUUAUAGCAGAGUUUAUAAGAUUAAAUUACAUGCUUGCAAAUAUCAUUAAUAGGUUAACAUACCCUUCUGAACAUGUCAUCAUGUCAGCCUCUCUGUCAUUUUAAGAUGGAGCAGCGUCUGUCUCCAAGUCUCUCCUCUGUGUCUUAACAUUUAAAAGUACACCUAUUUAUACCUUAGGUGUCUCCACUUUAGGUUACUGUAGUUCAAAUAUGAAAAAGUAACACUUCUUUUACUUUUUUCAAUUUAGGACCUCCCUUAAUUUGGCAGACAUACAAGGCCAUAACUAAAGGGUGUAUACGUCAUGGAAAUUUUCCUGACUUAGUUCAAGAUGGCAUCUUAAAGUCUGAAUAGGUUAUCUGUUGUUUAUACUAAGUCGUAAGUGUACAGUCGCGGGAGAUUCCCGGAUUUGGGGAAGUUCCAUUAACUUGGGGUUACCACAGUAUAUUGUGUACUGCAAGUGUCGUAGCAUAGCCUUGAAGCUUGUUUAUGCAUUAUUGUUAUUGUAAUUCGUCUGGGACAAAAUGGCGCAAACAUAUUAUGCACUGAGGUUAUUGCUUAAAGAAACAGUUAAGAAAAACAAUAUGUUCCAUUUCUAACACCUUGUCAGUUUGCAAUAUCUCUUAAAGACAAAGUACACAGUUUAAGAAAUACAAAAUUUCAUUCUAAAACUUGUAAUAUUUGCAUUUGCCCGUAACACUAUAAAUGUUAGAAAGAAGCAAGCUGAAUUGUAGUCAUUUGACUUGUCUUCUUUAGUAUUCUUGUGUGUUGCUCAGUGUCGAUUGCCUUGUCUAGUUGGAAAAAAGACAAAUGUCCAUCAAGUUUGGUUUUUCACUGAUCUCUGUCAUAGACUAACACCACUAAAGCUUCCUACAGACUUUAGAAGCCUGUCUUGUUAUACAAGAAUUUAAAAGUACUAUUUGUUUUUUACUCCGCCCAAUGCUGUGGUCCUGCUGAACAUACGUUUCUAUAGUCACAAUGGUUGUUAUUUUUUCUUCAUCUGUAGAAGAGUUGAGCACAGCCAAUGGAGAGCUCCUUCCAGAAAAUGUGAACACGGUGUGUUAUUUGGCCUCUGGCAGCAAAGAUCAAACUGUCCGUAUCUGGAAUGCUUCCUCGGGCAAAGGUGAGAUCCUGGUUUGCAUUUGUUAUCCUUUCUGUGUAAUAUGUUAGAAUGUUAUAAAUAAGUAAAAGUGUAGCCUUUUACUGUAUGCACACAAUGAAAUCUUCAGUUCAUUAUUAAAACUGUUUUUAACUGUCAUACAUAUUGUCCUUCAAAAAAGAUAGGUUCAAUAGAAAGGAACAGUGCUUAAAAAUCCACUUUGAGUCUAAAUUUUGCACAUCUUAAAUGCAAUAAGUACUAUAAAUGAGGUUAAGUGGAUUCUAUGGGCAUCAACACAACUCUAGUUUAAUGAAGCAGUUUGGAUGUAUAGAUCAUGCAUGAAAAAAUUGUUUAAUUUUUAUGUAUAGCUCUGUAAAAUGUACUUUAAUCACAAACAGGAUACUAUUACUAGAGCAGGACAUAUGGUAUUCUAAGUUACACAGAAUGUGCAAUAAAGGAAGUUUCAACAUUAGAUCUCUCUUCACAGGAAGUCUUUAGGAAGGCUGUGUAUGUAACAUGCAAGGGUGUGUGACUAGAGCUGCAUAAACAUUGUGAUUUAACAUCUAAAUGGCAGAAAAUUGGGCAGUGAGACUACAGUAGCAUGAUCUAUACACCAAAGCAGCUUAAUUAAGCUAAGGUUGUUUUGGUGCCUGCAGUGUCCCUUUAAGUGUCUGAUAGGGACUCUGAUUCUAUUACAUCUUGAAAUGUUCAGGUACACUGUAUUUGUUAAACUAUUAAAAAAAAGUAUAGAUGAAGUACUGAACAGUACAUGGUAGUCUGUGUAAAGGUUGCUGUUUUAUAUGAAAUAAUUAAACAAGGCACAAGUGUAUGCUACUCUACCGAACAUUUCCUGUCAUUAGUGAAUUGUAUAAGUGGAGAAGAGGCAGAUGCCAUUACCCUGAAUGGGCAUUAUAACAUGCUAGUAGGAAUAAGUAUAGAAUUCUAUAAUUCUGAUCCUAUCUCAAUGUCAUGUUUAUGAUGAGGGAUGGGUUAUUUACUGAAGAGCAGUAAGUCUAAACCAUGAACAGACUGCUAAGUAAUGGGAAGUCAUUAUUUUUAGACAGUAUACAGAGUGUUAUCUGUCAAAUACUAUUACUUCCUGGUUUAUUCAUAGCGACAUCUUGACUGGAUUAGCCAAUCACCUAUCUAUAAGGACAGUAAAAAAACGAAUGAAUAGGCCCAAUUCUUUUAACUUUCCUCGAGGCCAUGGGCUAUUUAAUGCUGCUUUCAGAAAUUGCAAUCAUUCUAUUUUUUUUUCUUUCCUUGGCAGUUUAUUAUUUAGCCAUCACAUACCCCAUAUGAAGCCCUGGUAAAGCACAUUAGCAAUGUGGCAUUUCUUAGUGGCUAGGACCCUGGAAAUAAAAAGCCUUAAAGGAUAGCAGUAUUUGGUGGCACCUUGGAUAUAUGCCUCAGCAUGCAUAUACAUUCAAUUUCAGAAUUGCCUCUGUUAUUUGCAACAUGGAAUCCAAUGGUUCUUGGUGGUAUCCCCUCAGAAUAUUAUACACGAUUAAAUUAUUUGACCCCUGAGCAAUCAGGCUUUUGUCCAAAUCACUCAACUUCCACUGCCCUCUUAAAAGUUUGCAAUGACAUCCAAAUUGGCAUGGAACAAGGAGACUUGACUGGAGCUAUUUUCCUUGAUUUUGCCAAGGCCUUUGACACAGUAGACCAUGGCAUACUUUUGCAAAAACUUAAAAACUCAGGCAUUGGUGAUCGUCCGCUAACCUGGUUUCGAUUGUAUGUUUCAGACAGAUUUGCAAUAUGUGGCCAUUUCUGAUGGCGCUUCCCUCCCUCUUCCAGUCACGUGUGGUGUUCCGCAAGGCUCCAUACUCUGCCCCUGCUAUUCACAUUUAUUUAUAAAUUAUCUGCCUAACGUCUGCAGUCAAAUCCUCAACUGUACACAUGUAUGUAGACGACACUGUAACCUACGCUAGUAAACCCAAGCUACCACAGUUUGUCCAAAACCAAUUCACAGAGGUAGAAAAGUGGAUAGCGAAUAACAAACUCUUCCUAAACACUGACAAAACUGUUAUAAUGAUCUUUGGAACUGUACCUAAAUUACGUAAACUACAAAAUCAACAACUGUGUAUCAGAACAAAUUUAAAUAGCACACUGACAGCAGUCUGCUCUUUUAAAUAGCUAGGUAUGUUGCUAGACCCCAAUUUAUCCUUUGGCCUUCACAUUAAAAAAAAAAUCUCUUCAACGCUUUGCCCAAAGCUAGGUGCCCUGUACAGAAACCAAUUCUGCCUAAGCCCUACAGUAGUGCAACAAAUGCUAAUGCUUGUCAUUGAUUAUGGGGAUGUAGUGCAUGCACUAGCACCGCAAACCCACCUUAAUACGUUAUAUAAUUUAUUUUGCCGCUUUGUAUUAUAAUGUAAUUACUUUACCCACCACUGGGACAUGUUAAAAGAGCUAAACUGACUAUCGCUGGAAUCCUGACGCAUUCUUCAUCUUUCCAGCCUUGUGCAUAAGAGCGUUUCUGGGAAGCUCCCACCCUACCUGAGUAGAAUGCUCUCCCCGGCUGUUCCCACCUUCUAUAACCUCCGAUCCAGCACUAGCACAAUAUUUAGCAUACCGCAAUAAAAAAAUUAAAGUGACUCCAUCCUCAUUUUCCUACAGAGCACCACAAUUAUGGAAUAACCUCAGGGACACAGUCAAAUCUUCAUUCAAUCUAAAAUCUUUUAAGAGAUCUAUGGCAGUAUACCUCAAUACAGAAUGCAUCUGGUUGAAUAUAUUUAUUACCUGUUCUAUAUUAAAUUUAUGUGUGUGUGUGUGUAUGUAUGUGUGUAUAUAUAUGUGUAUGUAUGUAUAUAUAUAUAUAUAUAUAUUAUAUAUGUAUGUGUGUGUAUAUUUAUAUAUAUAUAUAUAUGUUUAUUGUAUUUUUGGAAUAUUGUAUCCUAUUGUAACAAUGUUUUGUGGACCCAGGACAUACUUGCAAAUGAGAGAAAUCUCAAUGUAUCCAUCCUGGUAAAAUAUUUUAUAAAUAAAUGUCUGAGUCACUGGAUUUAGAGACCAUCCAAUUCUCUAGUCUGGCAAUUUACUCUGACAUCUGUAGCUUCUCCCCCCCUCUUCCCCCAUGGUCUUGUUGUUAGCAUUCUAAUCCCUAUUGUGGCGUUGCCAUGGAUUAUUUAAGAAUAAGGAUAAUUUUGUCGUACUUGUAGUAAUGAAGCUGCUAUUCUUAAACCCAAAAAACAAAACUUACAGUAAAUUUUCAUUAUUUACCUUUAUACGAGUGGGUAUUUAAUGUGUCUAAGUGUGAUCUCUAAUCAUUCUUUAUUUUUAGUUUUGAGUUUUAGGACUAGAAAUACUCAGAUCUGUUAUUGUGAGGAGGCAUUACUUUCUUUUUUUUCUGGUUUUAGUUGUGAUGACCUUGAAGAUGCCCUACCUAAAGCGCCGUGGAGGUAGCAUUGAUCCAGGUGUCAAGGACCGUUUAUGGCUAACUCUACUUUGGCCUCAUGGACGUCCCACAGAAAUACUAUCGAGCUGUUUUGGGUCAGUGUUAAGCAAUUAAAUGUGUAAAUAUCAUGUGCUUCUCUUAGUAUUUAUUCACGAUACCUUUAAGACAAAUACAAUAGUAUUUCAAAAACCAUAGAAUGAAUAGCUAUUUCUACUAUUUUGUACUUUGUAUUCCACUACAAAACAUGAAGUGUUUGCUGAGUUAUUUUAAUAACUGUGUUCUUCUUUUAACAUAUCAAAAUACUUUGUGUUCAUUCUAGUAAUGUUAACAAAAGGUACCACAAGAGGCUUUAUAUCUCAGUUUGGGAUUAUAGUAGAGUUUUUAAACAAUUCCUUGAUUUAGUAUUGUUGGAUAAACUUUUCAAAUUGGUUAAUAUUUUUCAAAACACUUUUUUAAAAUUAUUUUUUCAAAAUAUUAAAAUAUCAAAAAAGUAAAUAAUUUUAAAAAUAUAUCCAACAAUAAUAACUGAAGGCCAAUAUUUGACCCAAAAGUAAACACUGGGGUUGAUUAUCCUGAGGAUUACUGCUGUUUGUUUCCACCUCACCGUGCCAACUUUUUAUUACACACUUACAACAAUAUCUCCGUUGGAUUCCUGUCUGCCAAAAAUCUGUUUUCACACUCGCUACAAAUAAAUCUACUCACUCACUCUCUAUUCAUUAGUUUUCCUGCUACGCCAUGUUCCAACUUCGCCUAUGCAUCUCCUACACCAUUUUCUUAGUUCUUCACCAUCAACAUAUUGUAAAUCACAUAAACUCAACCCUUCAUGUCUUUUUGUAAAUUCCAGGAAACCCAGCUUCUGGCAAAUAUUUUUGUCAGAGUUAAAUCCUUCUACCAAGCCAAUUUGGCCUAGUCUUCAGUAGGUGUAUUCAUUGCAAUUCAUUUCACCUGAUCAUUUUCUACUUUAAUUCGUACUCUCCAACAGUGUACCCAACUCUCUGAUGUCUUCCUGUCUUUGCCCAGUUGCGUAUUAUUUUAUCUGAUUCCACCUGAUGCUUUUGUUUUUAUUGUACUUGUAGGUGAUUGAAAAUGUACUAUUCUUGUAUUAUUACUAUCCAUGUAAAGUGCCCUGUAUACAAGUGAUGUGUAAUGUUAAAAAAAAGUUGUAUUUUUUUUUUGUUUUUAUAGGGAGGGGAGGGUUCUUUACAUUUUUUUUUUCUGGGUUUAAUUUAAAUAUUUUUGUUUUUGUAGAGGAGAACUCCUUCUCUGGGAUCUAACCAAAUCUGGGAAACAGAAAUGGACAAUAUUGGGCUCUUCUGAUGGACAGAACCACUCUCGAAUUGUGUUUAAUUUGUGUUCCCUGGUAACUGAAGAGGGACGAGAACUACUGCUCUCUACUUCUAUGGACAGAGAAGUGAGUAAGGAAAAUACAAACAAUCUUACUUUUCAAGGGACUAAUUUCUAAGACACAGCAUGUAAAAAAAACAAAUGCAUUAAGAAGCAAAUGUAUGUUGUAUACAUUUUGAUUCAAUCUCAUUAUUAAAUAAAUCUAAUAUUUUACAUUAAACAGAUACAUGUCAGAGUUUACAAAUCAUUGUCCCCCAUCUUCUUCCCAAACUUAAUUACAGUAGGGAAAUAAUGUUUGCCACGUGUUUUGUAAUAUAUAAAAAUAAGAUAUGGUGCCAAGUUCUAGUACAAGCUGUGAUCUGACCUAGGUAGCAUUAUAUAUACACCCAUUUGGACAAAGUGCUGCCGUUAAUAUUAUUUUGGGGAGGCAUUGUCAAUGACCAUUUUCAUUUUUUGUGCAUUUUUGUAAUUAUCUUUAUAUUUUACAUUCCCUAUUUCCUAUAGUUUGUGCAUGAAAUAAAUAAAUACGGUAAUAAGCUACAUCGUUCUGUGUCUUACCUUUGCCUCCUCUGCCCCACCUCCUGAAGAAAAAAAAAAAAUCAAGCACAAAGCAUUUUCUUCUUGCUGGUUUUUGUACCUGUAUAUGUCAUAUCACAACUUCCUUCUUGUACUUCUCUCCUAAACUACAAUGUUUACAAACAUCAGCAAAUACAGUAAAGAUUUCUAGAAAUUGUAGUUUAGCUUGCACCUUUUAUAAUUUUAGUAGCUAAUUAAAUAAGUCCUAAAAGUGAACAGAACUGAAGAGAGAUAAAUUGUGUUGUAGGACUCACAGAAAAAACAGCAUACUGCAAUAUCUCUUUUUAUUGAACAGCAUCCCUUUUAGUGUGUCCCAAUAGUGAACAGGCAACAUUUCAACCCUUUUCUAGAUCUUUCUCAAGCUUUGAAAAAGUCAAGGUUGAAACAUUGCCUGUUCGCAUUUAAGGAAAAAUAUAAUUGGUGCUGCUCAUAGAAGGAACUGUUGCUUGUGUUGUGUUUUGUUAUUGCUUUUGUUUCUUUAAAAAGACAUGAGACUCUGGAGAGAGAGCGAGCUCUGAUUUUGAUAAUCCUCUACAAUUAAACUUGUGUGGUGCUUGGUUAAACAUGGCCAGGUCUUCAGAUAUCUGAAUGAUAGGCUCCUGAUUGGCCAAGCUACUUCCUGGGGAGGGCAGCACUUAAGGCUAACAAUGUAAUAUGAGUCUUUCUUAUUUUUUUAUUAUUUUGGAUUUGAUGAACGUCUGCUGGCUAGUCCUAUCUUUUUUGUAAAACUUUUCUUCUUCAUUUAAAGGAACACUAUAGUGACCCAGACCACUUCAUCUCAAUGAAUUAGUCUGGGUGCUGUGGUCAUUUGAGAAACUGCAAUGUUUACGUUGCAGGGUUAAGUCUGUCAGUAUGGCAGCCACUAAAGACUGUUCCACUGCACUGAUCAAGUGAAACUCACAUUAUAUGGAAGUCCCAUAGUAAAGUAUUAAUUCAAUGUUUUCCUAUGGAGAAGUUUGUACACAUGUGCUGCCACCAGAGGUGCUUCCACUGCACUAAUCGAGUAAAAUUCUGUCACGUGAUGCGGAAGCCCACAGGAAAGUGUUGAUUCAAUGCUUUUCUAUGGGUAAAGCAGCACACACGGCACGCUCUGUGAGGAGCAUUGGAUUGGACCUCAACAGAGGAUGCCAUGUCUUCUCCGUGACGUCGCUGGAGGUGAGGAGUGCCAAGUGAGCUUCGACACUGUAAAAAGCUAAAGAAAAUACAAUUUUUUAUAGUUUUUAUUGAAUACAGUGGAGCAGACACCGGAAUUCAGCUAGGGACGUUAAGAAUACAGAUUUCUAUUCCAAACGCUAUAGUGUUCCUUUAAUAAUAAAAAUGUGUACGUCAUAACUGUGCAUACAUCAUCAUAGUGCAGAGAAACUGUGAGUUUUCUAAACAUUCCUGUGGGAAUACAAAAUCCUAAAAUAUUGCUUUAUUAAAAAGAUUAAAAUACAUGUUGUCUAAAAUGAAACAAUUGUUGCAAGGCAUAAUUAUUUGACUACUGUGCAUUCUAAUUUAAAAAAUAAAACUGCUUUAUACUACUUCCCUGUUAAAACAAAUAUUAACUCUUGAAGUGCCAAACAAGCCUUUUGAUGUGGAAUUUAUACUUUGUGAGCCAACAGUCAAAUUUUUCCAUUUUUCUGUGUUUAGGUGAAAUGUUGGGAUUUGGGUUCCCUUUCUUGCUGUUGGUCGCUGACAUCAUUAGGUGGAUUUGCUUACACACUUGCUUUCUCCCCGGUGGCAGCUGGGUCUCUGGCUGUUGGGGUAGGAGAUAGCAUGAUCCGUGUGUGGAACACGCUCUCUGUUGUCAAUGCCUAUGAUGUGAAGACCCUGUGGCAGGGCAUUCGAUGCAAGGUCACUGCGGUAAGGAGCAUUUUUGCAUAUUAUAUAAAUUGGGUGGCAUUGCUGAUGCAGAGCUUUGUAGCAACUAACCUAUGUAAGGACUGUACAUGAUAUCGUUCUUAUUUACUUCUUAUUGACCUGCCCAACAGAAAUGUAUGGAUUACUGGUAAUGUGUUCUUCUGUUAAGGUAUAUCAAUGAAAUCUAAAUGAACAGCACUCAAUCCAUUAGCAAUAAAUGGGUGCAACCAGGCCAGGGGCUAGCACAUAUCCCCGCAAGGCUAGAUCCAGAAUAGAAGAAAAGGUCCAGACUCUCCACUGCACAGCAAGGCACAUUUGUUGGGUCGAUGUUUCACAGCAAUGUUUUAAAGCCUCAAAGGGUCUUUAUCAACGUUUCAACCUUUUGAAGGAUUGAUACAUUUCUGUGAAACUUUGUUCCAAUAAGUUUGCCUUGCUAAGCAGUAAAGUGCCUGGAUCUGUUCUUCUAUUCUGGAUCUUCUGUUAAGUUAUAACAUUUAAUCUAUGCAAUAAGCUAUUCAAAGUGUCAGUUAAUGUAGAAUGUGAGGUCACUGCAUCAUGCAUGUGUUUUCCUUUUACUCUCCAUGGGAAAUUUUGCUCCCCUCCCAUUGAUUUUGAAUGCAGUGCAGUGUGUCUUAUAGAGACACUGCUCUUUUACUCGACCAACAUUUUUUCUCGUAUCACCAUGUCACUGAAUGGACUAAGUGGUCAAGGAAGCCAGAGAAGCAUGUCUGCUUGCAUGGAUCAGACAUGCUUACUAUACAUCAAAGCACAAUUUCCCUUGCCAGUUUGAGAAAUCAGUUAAGCUGAAAUGCAGUAAAGCUGUUUUUUCAUAAAGCAUUCUGGAAGAUGAUAUAUGUGUGAUUUUAAUUUUUUUUUUAUAAUAUUCCAAUUGAGUCUUUCCUUUUUCUACAAAGAACCUAGUAAAUGAACAAGUGCUUUAAAAUUUCACAGGAUGAUGACAUGACCCCUUAGCUUCUUGGGACCAGUACUUAAAGGAACAAAUGUGUAUUCCCAGACCACUUUAUUGUUCUGGGUGCCUAUAAGGUCCUUGACUGAAGGGUCGGGUAAAGUCGUUACGUGUUGGCAUUGGAGCCACGUCAUUGAGAUUGGCUGGGGUAGUCCCUAACUUGUAUUUCUGUUUUAAAAUAUUGUUCAGUAACCUAAAUUUCAAUGCUUUUGUGUAUUCAUUGAAAGCGCUCUGUUCUAUAUACUGAAUCUAGAUCCUAGCUGUGGAUUUCAUAUGUAACCAUGCUCUCCCACAACUGUUGGUUGCCGCAUUCACCAAUGUGGGGACAUGCACAUUUUUUGUACCUGCUACUCCUGCCAUAUUUAAAGUGUACAUUUUUCUAGUGCAUACUUCAAUGUCGCCAGCAUUAUGUAUAAUCUAAAACCUUAAAUCAUAGGUGCCCUCUAAAUUAUACUUGCUUAUUUGUGGAAUGUUUGUCUAUGUAAUUAGUGUGUGUAAACUGAGAUGUAUACUUUAUUUUUUAUAUUAAUGUUCUGAAAAUGACCAAGAUUUUAGGCUAACAAGUAAAAUAAACCAUAUAGACUAUACUAAUGUUCACAGUUUUCAGAUCUCUCCAAACUUGGUAUGCUCUGCAGAAUUUUCUUCUUGUUUUGUUAUAUUCCUCUCCUCUGUUGUGUGCUCUGUGCAGUUGUCUUGGCAUCCAACCAAAGAGGGGAGUCUAGCAUUUGGUACUGAUGAUGGGAAGGUUGGAAUUUAUGAAGUCUACUCAAACAAGUAAGAAUAUAACCCCUCUCUGUUCCUUAUUAUGCCUUCACUAGAGCUAUGCAUUUCUUGUUUGUGCAGCUUGUUACUUCAGUUUUCUGUAAAAAUAUUAGCAAGACCUUCCUUUGUACGCAUAUAUUGGCAGUUAGAAACCUUGAAACAUAGCACAUGAUUUUUUAUGUUUAUAUGUGUUGCAUUUCAUUAAUAUUUCUGUACAUUAGUCAAACCAGAUAAUAAGUACAGUUUGCUUGAGAAAGGACAUGGAUCAGUACUAAAAAGUUCCUCUUCGCCAAGUGGUGCAUUUUCCAUGUAGAUUUGAUCAAUACAGCACCACGCUGCUCACUCUCACAUGGACAUUGGGCACAAUUUGUGCAAGCUGUACUAAUUGAUGCUACUGGAACUGCACUGAUUGGUGCUACAUAACGCUCACAGCAGGGUUGCAUAUACACCCCAAUACAGGGAUGAGGUUUCCAGCAGCAAAUGGGGAAAUCCUUAUUAUCAAAACAGAGAAGGGAAGAGCAACAGGGUCGGAUUGAUAGGACUACCUCAAAGUAUGAGGAAUACAUGGGGAGAAAGUGAGCUGGACUUGAGACAAGUAGAACAGAAAAGUGUAAAUAUACACCCCUUUCUUCACACUGCAUUCACAUACAUAUAUACAUUCCACGGAGUAACACUCACCCAGCAUUCACACAUUCACUGGCUUUUAAAAAAAAAAAAAAAAUCUUUAUUUUAUUUGUGCAUGAAGUAACAACAAGCGUGCAGAGCCACGACAGCCGCUGCAAGCAGAUUCAUAGUAUUUCAAAGUGUGGCAGGCUAAGCAGCACAUUUUUUUUUUUUUUUUCUCAUGAAAAUAACAGGCUAUAAGACAUUCGUGGUUUGCAAUAAACAUGCUAUGCUAAAUGUGUAUAUAACAGAAUUGUUCUCGCUUAAAGGACCACUAUAGUGCCAGGAAAACACACUCGUUUUCCUGACACUAUAGUGCCCUGAGGGUGCCCCCACCCUCAGGGACCCCCUCCCGCCCGGCUCUGGAAGGGGGAAAGGGGUAAAAACGUACCUUUUUCCAGCGCUGGGCGGAGAGCUCUCCUCUCCGCCUCCGUUACGCCCCGCCGGCUGAAUGCGCACGCACGGCAAGAGCUGCGCGCGCAUUCAGCCGGUCUCAUAGGAAAGCAUUUACAAUGCUUUCCUAUGGACGCUGGCGUGCUCUCACUGUGAUUUUCACAGUGAGAAGCACGCAAGCGCCUCUAGUGGCUGUCAAUGAGACAGCCACUAGAGGAUUAGGGGGAAAGCUUAACCCAUUCAUAAUUAUAGCAGUUUCUCUGAAACUGCUAUAAUUAUGAAAAAAUGGGUUAACCCUAGAAGGACCUGGCACCCAGACCACUUCAUUAAGCUGAAGUGGUCUGGGUGCCUAGAGUGGUCCUUUAAUGUUAUGGUAAGGUGUGUAGCCCUGCAAUUCGUGUGUGGACAGGCGUUUAUAACUAAGUCAACAUUGCAGCAAUUCAGGUUCUCGCUUGGUUAUUUAUAUUUGACAUUAUAAAUCAUGCUGCAGUGCGGUUGCGUUGUGCUAGUUUGUGCGUUGCUUGUAGGGUUGCUGUGUAAGUGCGUGCUUAUGAGUGCCAUGUAAACUUUGUGUGCAUAAGGUCACUACCUAGGCUAUUCAGUCAAGUCUAGCUACUAGAGAUCAGAACGUGAGCUAGUAUAAGAAAUAUAACUGAAAUGCAUACAUUUAGUUUUGUGACUCAGAUAACUAGCUAGAUAUGGAGGUAUGAGUAAUUAUCACAUUAGGUUGACAUGCUAAUAAACUGUGACAGGCUAAUAUUCCACUGGGUACUACACUGUAUAGAUUUUAGAUUCCAUCAACACACUGUAUAGAUAAAAUAAAGAGAGAGCUUGAAUAGAACAGGAUUGAACUGGAACAUAAUUGUAUCUUAUUUAUGUGUCUGUGUAAAUUUGUUUUUUGUUUCUUUAGACCGCCCCAGAUUUCAAGCACAUAUCACAAAAAAACUGUUUAUUCCCUAUCCUGGGGCUCUCCACUGCCUCCAGUCUCACUUGGUGAGUUUCAUAUUUAUGAUUUGUCAAAUUACUGCUUAACUUGCACAAGCAGUUUAAUGAGUCCCCAAAGAUUGCACGGUUUAGUGUUUGUUUUUUCCCUUUUCUUUCUUUCUUUUUUUUCUUUUUUCUUUUUUUUUAUUAUUUUCGAUUAAGGAAACAAAUAAAACCCACCACAAACAUUCUAUACACUUGGUUGCACCCCGUCUUACUGAUGUUGUAAUAAUUCUAUGCUCUAUAAUUGAGGGGUUUUAUUCAUUGCACAAGUAGUUUUCAUGCAUUUUUCCCCAAAUGAAUGAGAGGUUAUGAGUGAGUCUUUACCACAUGCGUACUUUUGCUUCACUCAAAUUAGAAAACAAAUGAGAGAAUUUAUGUCUAAAUGUUCCUCAAAAAGAACAUUUAGAUGUAGAUUCCUGCUGGAUGGUGAGCCUCUACCUCUUGAAAGAUGGUGAGGCGAAUGAUUGCUUGCUUUUGAAUUUAAGAAAUUUGCAUGUGAAAUUAUUCAAACAAAAUCUGUAUGGUGUUUUGUCACAGACAUUCUUCCUCAUUUAGUUUUAAUCAGUUAUGAAAGCAUAUUAAUAUAUUUUUAUAAGCUAAUGUCAAAUGAAGCAAGCCUUUCUUAAAAUUAAGUCCAUUUUCAUUUGACAAAGUUGAUCCCUUAAUAAAAGUUCCAGAUUCAUUUCAUGUUUUGGAAUUUACGAACAUUUAUUUUUUAUUUAUUUAUUUAGUUUUCACACAGAAGGAAAGUUAUUGGGGGACUUGCUGAAGUUUUGUUCAGUGCCUGUUCGGUUCAGUUUCCUUACUAAAUUGAGUUAUUUUUAUUUUUGUCUAUUCAUUUUUUCAUAAGUCUGUUUUCUUCAUCCUGGGAGCUUUCUUUCAUAAGCAUCAGCAUUCUCAAAUCAGCACUUCUGUGCACUUAUUUCACUGUAACCUUAAAUGUCUUCCAUGGUGUGAUUCUUACAGCAGCAGAAGGAGAGAAACCCGCUUUUACUUUAUACAGCUGCGGUGGGGAGGGGAUUAUCUACCAGCACAACCCUUGGAAACUGAAUGCCGAGGCUCACGAUAUUAACAAACUUAUCCGCGACACAAAUGACAUCCAAGUAAGUCUUUCUAAAACCAAUGCGUCAGUAUAAGCAAUAAAACGCUGCACCUUCUUUACAUUUGUUUGUAAAGUGAAGUUUAAGUUUGUAGCUUUUUGUUAGUUUAUCUUGACGACUGUCCUUGCAGAUAUGUCAGUACAAAUCAUUGAAUACUCUUUAGUCGAAUUCUUUAGUAAAUAAAAAUAUACCUUUUAGAAUGAGGCCUACUGUUUAAAGAUUGUCGGUUAUCUCAUCUGCAAAAUGUACUUGCAUUAAUUUAUAAAUUAUUUAUCUAUCCUGUCCAAACAGAGAUGUAAACAUCAGAAAGGCUAAAGAAAACACAAACCGUGCCAAGUGUCAUCAGCGGUUCAUUUCUCAAUCUUACAAUACACUACUCUGUCAUAUAACUGAGUACUGUAAUCUACACCCAAAAAAAACAUAUUUCUUUCUAGUAUUCUAUGAACUACAUUAUUUAUAUACAUAUUUUCCUCUUGAAUUGGCUACAUUUUAAUAAAGUGUAAUAGUAAAUGACUCCCUCUAAGACCAUAUCUAUCUCUUACAUUAUUCACUGCAAUUUGCAGUCCAAAACUUGCUUUGCUUUCCAUUCGGCAUGUUCAUAAUGAAAUGGAAUGUUCUCGCUGAGUGUUCCACUCUUAGAUGUUUUGCCCAUGGCUAUUUAUUAUAGUGACCCAUUGCGUUUAAGGUCAAAGUUCUACCUUUAGAGUCAGCUGCAAACUACAAAUAACUAAUUAUUGUCUAACCUAUGACCAAUUGUUGUUGCAUUUAGUUUAUGAGGAUUUAAUCUGCGCAAUCUUCAGUGUAAACUUUUUGCACAUUAUUUAGGAAAUAUAUUUGUAUGUUCUUUGUGGUGACAUUUUCCACCUCCUCUCCCACCCAACACACACAUCUUUCUCUCUUCUUCUGUUAAAUACAUUUUCUUCCAUGUCAAUCUUACCUAGCACAAGUUACCAAUCCACACAGAAUUGAACUGGAGAUCAGAUGGGCAGCAUUUAGCCAUCGGCAAUGAGGAUGGGUAAGUGGAUCUCGAGUUCUAGGUAGACAUUAUAUGAGUAAUCCUCAUUGUUACCUUUAUCUGAAUUUCUAUACUGUCAUUGUACUAUUACUUUCUGCUCUUUUUGCUUACUGUAUUUUAUUUCUUUUGCACAUUGGUGGCUGCAUCUCCUUGUGACAACGAUGCAGGAACAUUGAGAUUUUCCGUACCCCAAACUUAAAGCUCAUCUGUACUAUCCAGCAGCAUCACAAGUUGGUGAACGCUCUGAGGUGGCACCAUGAUCAUAGCGAAGAUGCCAAUCUCCACUUUCUUCUGGCCUCUGGAUCUAAUAAUGCUGUUGUCUACAUACAUAACUUGAAGGGAGUUCUAGGUAUGAACCUGUGAAUAACAUGUUUUGUGGGGGGUAUGGUAUGAGCAGCAUGACCAAUAUGUUGUCUGCCUAAUGUUUUAGAACAGGUACCAUUAAUGGGGCAUAGAUGUUCCACAACUGUUCCCAUUGUCUAUUUUCAGUUGCCGAACCAGCAAUGAAACUGAUAACGAAUGUAUCAUUAUAUAAAACGGGCACUUUAGCUUGCCUUAAGUACCAUUUCCCAUUCAAAGUAUAAGAUGCGAUUGUUAUAAAUCGUAAUACAGUGACUAUUUCUGUGCUAGACUACAUUAUAAAGUGCUUUGAAAGUACAGAAAUAUUGUCCCCUCUGUUACAGAUUUGGUCUAGCCCAAGUGUAGCGGACACUGUACCAUGAUUGACCGAUAUUCUCUCAAUGAUUAAGCCAUGUGACAUAAUGUAAAGGCUAACUUAUCUGCUAUUCUGUAAAUGUUUCAGUUUCACCCUUCUUGAUUUACUAACAUUUGCCCUAUCUCCUAAGUCUUUAAUGCCCUCUUCUAUUUUUUUAUACAGAGUUAGCUCUCUUUCAGUCACACUGGAAACCCUAUCUCACUCUAAUUACUCUUCACUGCCAUAACCAAAACUGUUGAUUGGACUUUUCUAAAUUUUUCAUCUUUUAAAUGCAGAGAGCUCCUGUGAUUCUCCUGUGACCAUCACCGAACCAUUCCGUACCCUGUCUGGGCACACUGCAAGAAUCACAAGCCUCUCUUGGAGCCCUCAUCAUGAUGCCAGGCUGGCAUCGGCCAGUUAUGAUGGCACAGCCCAGGUAAACUAAUUUAUUAAUCCAUUUUAAUAGAGUUGCUUUACUUGCAAGAACAUACUUUCCCUGCUCUUAUAGACUUAUUUUUUCCCAUUUGACUUCCUUCCAUUAUUUAACUUUCAUUUUAAAAGAACACUUUGUAUGUGUGCUUGUGUAUAUUGGUGGAAUAAUGUGUUUUUGUAGCAUGGUGAUUUGAGUCUGAAUGUGCAUCUUUUUUUUUAGAUGUGAUACUUGUAUUGCCUACAUUGAUGUUUGUGGGAUAGAGGUUGCAUUCAGGAAUACCAUUGUACAGCUUUGGUUGUGUAUUCAUUGUAUACUGGUAGUCUUUAUCAUAAGAAGAAUGUGGAUUAUGUGUCAGUCACACAUAAUGAAACUUUUUUCCAUGUCAGGUUUGGGAUGUUCUGCAGGAGGAACCACUCAGUAAUUAUAGGGCACAUAAAGGAAGGCUCCUCUGUGUUCAGUGGUCUCCUUUGGAGCCAGACCAGGUGUGGAGUGGAGCAGAUGACUUCUCUGUCCAUAACUGGUCCAUAGCAAAGCAGGAGCACAGCCGGCCUCCCAAAGGUAAGUGCAAAACCUUGUCUUGUUCCCUAGUACAGUGGUUCUUAACAUUUGUUUUGGGACCCAACAAUUUGUCACUGUAUUAAUUUAAUGGGUCUUCACUUUUUUUGGUGCAGACAGGUUAUUCACCAAGUGCUAGACAGCCAUCCACAGUACAUUGUGUACUUUAGUGGCAUUGUAUUCUCUUUUGACACUGGGAAUAGUCAAAUUAAAAUGUUUUGCAAACAUAUUUUAAUAGUAAUCCUGUUAAUUUUCCAGUUGCAAAAGCAGAUGCCAUGUACAAAAAGUACCACUUCCUUAGUGCAAUGCAAGACAAUUUGGUAAUUGAGCUCCUAAAAUUCCUGAGUGGAAAUCAUUGUGCUUUAACCUGUAACUAUUACUUAUUCAGAGUCAUAUUUAAAAAUAUAAAUAAAAAUGAUGUGCUAACAAAUAGUAAAAAAAAAUACUUGUAUUUAAAAGGGAUUUUAAUAUAAUUUUCUGGACAAAUUAGAAAUAAACAAUAAAACAUCUAGUGCAGAGCAUCUGUACAAUUAACAUGUAGGAACAAAACAAAAAAUCUUUUGGUAUUCACCUCACUGGGUCUGAGUGGAUUGUGUGCCCCUCACACUUUAACAGUCGCAGAGGGAUCAGAUUAGUGAUUGGUGGAUCCACCAGGAAAAAACCCGAACUGGUAGUGCCUUAUAAAACUUUUAUUUUCUUCAAUAGAGAUAAAGACGUUAAAAUAAAGAAGCAGGUAGAGCCUGAGGAGCCUAAAUGCUAGAAAGUCACUUUUAUCAUUAUUGUACUCGUGGCGCUUCCUUGCUGCACACUGUCUUAUGUCUAUCUCCUCACAUGACGUGUUUCGCUCCGCCCCUUAGGACUUUUUCAGAUGCAGUGAACAUAGUCUGGUACAGCAGUAGUAUGUACUGUUACAAAAUGUAACACUAUACUGGUGAUCGAAUCGAAAUUUUAAAAAUUCUACAUCGAGGUUGUUGAACAAAUUAAAGGGGCGGGGGGGCGGGGCCUGACCGCUGAGAGCAGAGGAUGCAAACUCGUAUAGCUCCUGCUCUGCGGCAAUAAAUAAACGGAUUCAGACAGCCAUAACGGGAUCUGAUCGGUCCAAAAAGACCUCCAGAUGACAGGCAAAACCCAGGGGCACACAACAAUGCCACACAAGUUACGAUCCCGGCUUACUGCACCUGUGAGGACUACACACAUGGCCGGCGUGAGGGAGACGGCCGCUCCCCCGCUGGCACUGGCUGCUGACAAGCGGAGACCAGACCCUCGUUCUCCCCCCCCCCCCAUGGACCGGUGGGGGUCAUCCCGGUCCAUCCUCGGGAGACCCUGAUACAGCCCCGCAAGAAAGCCGUGGCGACUCAGGGGCCUGCCACAAGCGACGACGCAGCACCCAAAAUGGUGGAGGUGGUGUGCUUCCCCAGCACUCACAGUGAGCUGACAGAGGCCGAGCAUCGGCUGGACAGGGCCUUCCAAAUCUUCAGGGAAAAGCUGGAGGCCCUUCUGUUCCCGUCGGACCCAGAGGCUGAGCCGGUAACCGGGCCACACGCUCACCCACACAAGAUCAGGCGGGAGGAAGCACAGGCUCCCCCCGGUAUCGGACCGCACAGAGUGCCGGAGGCAACGAGACAGCCACAGGCAGCGGGAGAUCAGAGAUCAGAUCCGCAAGAACCCAGUCAAGCCCAAAGACUUACCUCAAGGCCCAAAGCUUCACCAGCAAUGGCGAAGGAGCGGCGCUUACAAAUCAUGACAGACAGACAAACGCUUCCAUCACCUACCGGAGGCUACUACGGGGGGCCGUCCACAAUACCUCCCCAGGCCGAAGACCACACGGAGUCAAACUCCGAAACACUGACCACAUCGCCGGAGGCUUGCCCACCACUGGCGGCGGCAUAACACCCAAGCCCCACUCAGCACCCAACGAAGGGACGACCCGGCCUCUCUGAGUAACCAAGUCGGUGGAUGACGGGUGCAGACCUUCAUAAUGACCUGGGACUGGAGGAUGGCCGUUGCCAACCCGCACUAUGCCGCACCCCAAUGGAAUUCCCGGAAUGACAGUGCCACCCUUCCCACUCUACCGGCCCGCGCUGCGGUCAUACCAAGCAGAGGUAUAGGCUGAACUAGCCCUUCGAACUGGCAUCCAACCAACAACACUCUCAACCAAGGGCAACUGGGGACCUAGCCUGAGCAGCCCUCAUGGACUCUUCUUGCUGGAUUAUCACCUACAGUUAAACUCACCACGCUGCUCACUGGCAUAAAUUUUCCGCUACAUGAAACUAAAACGUGUUCUCAAUUUUACCUUUUUUUCUACAAACAUGAGUAUACAGACUACCCAUGGGCCUCAACCACCCACUGAUCAGCUGACUCUCUCACACAGGCAGGCAGGCCUCAGCAACGCCUCUCUGAGGGACAAUAUUUUACCAGCGGCCGGCUCAGGCUAAGUACCUCUCAAAAAUUACGCUGACUGUAUUGAACUUGCCGUACCAUAAUGAUUAGACAGCCUAGUACUGUCAACUCUGCCAGGAUCUCACUGUUUAUAAGUUAGCCUAAUGGAUACCCUCAGACUGCCCCUGUUUUGCACCCUCUUCUAUGACACACUCUCUGUUGCUGACAAGAAAUAAUCAGCCCCAGCACUUUAAACUUAGUCUCACACACUAUAAUGCAUCAACGCAACUAUACCAAAUAUUAAGUCAUUAUAGUCUACAACCUGUUUAGCUAUACCUGUCAAUGUGGAAAUGUCAUACCAAGCCACAUGUUAUUGAUGGCACAAUUUAUGCUUAUGAUUUCAAACACUAGUCACUACCUUACACCUAGGUAUAACGGUGAAGCUAAAAAGUUUAACACAGAACAAGGAAUGUUAGCAUGUACCCUACUGAUACCACAUGUUUUUUCUGCUAUGACCUCACAUACUACUUAUUUACUGCGUGCCUAAGUUAUUACAUAGCCUAAUGUUACUUUUAAUAGUCUAUCUGGAUAGGCAUGGCUACUAGCUACAACAUGCUUUUGUUACAAGACAAGUUAACACAAUUAAAAAAUGAGGCAUCACUACUCAGGAAAUGUAAUCUUUCAUCACCUCUGCUGAAUCCACUUAGAGAAGGAAGUGAAGCAACGAAUCUAGUGUCGCAUCACUUCCGCGAAGGUGAAAAUAAUCUACCUAGAUAUGGGGGUAACCCAGUACUGCACAUAUACCACAACUAAAGUCAAAUAUAUGCUAAAGGGGUAUACAAGACACAAGUAAUUUCCCAUAAGUAUAAACAAAUCAACAAAUAACUUAAUUGCAAAGGGGGUGGAGAACAAAUUCUAAAUACCUCUACAGUAUAGGUGUUAAUUGACUAGACUGUAAAAAAUUACCAUUUAGAACCAAUAUCUAAAACAUUUCUUGAAAGGAGCAGUUCAUCAGAGCCUUUAAUAGAUUUCCCAGAGGGCUAAAAGAACUACAAACGUCUCUUAAUAAAAAUGUAAUCUUAAUGUAAACAUUUGAGACAGUUUUUCUGGUAAUAUCCAGACAUAAAUUACAUUUAGUAGCACAAGUUUCUGUGUUUUUAGUACAAUUUAUGAACUACUAUCAACGUCACUCUCCGUAGUAAAAAUAUAGUAAAGGGAAGCUGGGAAUCACAUAAACCGGGAAACAAAGGUUACCAAACCUGAUCUCCUAUUGCUGACUGGGAAAAUGCAGUAACCAAUGUCACAAUAUAUUGGCUUUCCAAGUAUACUACAAGCCCCAUCUGCCACCACCACCCCUCCCCACUAUCUGCAAACAAAUAAAACCAUUACUUGCUCCAAAAAAAAAAGGGCAAAUAAGUGUUAAGCAACACAGUGCCUGAUGCGUGUUUUGGCGCUAUAGCUGCACCUUCACCCGGGACACAGAACCAAGCAUUGAAAGUGCCAACGUGUAUAUAAUAUCUUUAACUUUGAGCAAUGAAGCUGAUCCACCAAUCACAGAGCAGAGGGAGGGGAAGAGACGAAGGAAAAUACCCUAUGUAACACGAGCACCAAUCUGCUAUUUUGGAAUGAGUCCGAUUUCAAAACCUUCUUCCAGAACCACACCUCCAAUCAAACAUAAAGGGAGUGAUCCACAAUAGUGUAGAGCACAUCCACUCCUUAUACCACUAACAGUAAAUAUCGAGGGAGUGGUAGCAUACUGCUAGCACUAACCCCAUCAUUAAAUUACCAGUUAGAGAGUAUGGCAGGUGGUACCCUUAGUACCCACAGCCAAUCUGAAAAUACUUUGGCCGAAAAAACAACUGCAAGACGCCUCCUUCCAACGCGGCUCCUCCUGGAAUCUCAAAAGAUUAACACCCACACUUCAGUGAUUACAUGAUGAUUCUUGGCAAUAAAAUUAUUUAUAUCUUUAUACUCAUUGGCACUUAUUUGUGUCUUGUAUGCCUUUAGGGUAUAUUUGACAUGAGUUGUGGCAAAAAUAAAAAAAUAAAAAAUGUUUUGCUCCUAUAUGCCAACUGUACAGAUGUUCUGGACUAGAUGUUUUAUUGUUUAUUUUUAAAGGUGCUGUCCAGAAAACUACAUUGAAAAAGCUUUUAAAUAUAAGUAUUUUCUGAUUUAUUUAUUACUUGUUACACCAUUUUUAUUUAAACUUUUAAAUAUCACUCUGGAUGAGUAAUAAUUACAGGUUAAAUCACAAUGAUGUCUCUCUGGCAUUUUCGGAGCUCAAUUACCCAAUGGUCUUGCAUUGUACUAAGGUUAAUAAUAAGGGAUAUUCGCUUUAUUCUGUUUGGUUGCUGCAUUCAUUUUCUGCAUGUGAUAUUUGUUUGCACGUUAUAUUACCUCCUUGUUGGCGUUUUUAACUUCACUACUUUAAACACUGGCACAUAUUAAAAUGUGCCUUUUUAUCCACGUAUUGUUAAAAGUUUAUUGGAAGAACAGCAUGGAAAAACCUGCUUUUUGCAGCUAUUUUCUAAUUAUUACAUGAUUGCAGGCAAAAAAGCAGCUGAGCUAGAAAAGAAACGUUUUGUUCUGACCAAACCUAAACCUAAGAAAAAGAAGAAACCAGACAGCCCUAAACAAGAGGUGACCGCAGAUGUAAUGGGAGGUGAAACAGAUAAUCUUUCUUGUGCACAGAAUGGGACAUCUGAUCAAGAGGAGGAUCAUAUGACUUCUGAGCAGAUGACUUUGGAGAAAGUUCCCCAGGAAGGUACUGUACCUGUAGUGCAAAGAUGGUGACCUAGUUUCUGCAGUUAUUUAGGGCCAGUAACAUAUUUAGGUUCUUGGCUGCCCCAGGCCUGUUUAAUCUAUACACUCCCUCACAAAUAUACAUAGACGGACAAUUAUUCACAGUCCCAUAGAUAGCAAAGGCAAACAUACACACACACACACACCAUUACUAGCAUACACAGUCACCCAACUGCUUAGAGGUGACUCUGGACUUGAACAUGAUUCCCCCACUGACAUCCAUGUCCCAGAUAGAGUGCUAGUCCCUCGCCUAUUAUAAUAAUAAAGAUGCCUAAGGACUCUUUCAUUUUAACACUUUAGUAUUUUAACUGCUCUGUAUACAGCUAUGUGCUUCAUAUGGUUUAUUAGGCUAAACGCCCGAACAUACUGCCUGCCCGCUGCCCGGAACGGCAUGUCCUGGGAGUUGAACGAUACAAAUUUCACAUCCCUACUCCUCCUGUAUGAAAACUGUAUUCUUAAAUGUUUUAUUUUUUUUAUUUUCUUAAACUUGCAGCUGCUUCAGAAACUCAGGCUCAACCCAUUUUGUCAUCAUCACCUGCUUUAGAGGACCAUAGCUUAAGCCCAUCCCCUAAGACCAUAACUCUAAGAAAAGAUCAUCUUAAAGACAGGACAGGUAAAGGUAUAUCUCAUCCUGUAUGGAUUUUUUUUCUGUCUUAUCAGGAAAUCUCAAAAUUAAAACAUUGAAAAAGAUGUAUUUUUGCCAUUUCAGUGUAACACCUUAAUAUGCAGUGAUCAUAUGCUAAAACUGAUCUAAAAAUGGCUUUGUUUUUAUGUCUGACCUAUGUUGAUCUCUUACGAAAAUGGGAGCAGUAUUAGCAAUAAUUGUAAUGAAAUGGCACUGAUCCUGAAGAAUGGGAGGUAACUCCUAGUAUUUGAAGUAGAAGGAGAAUUGGUUAAGAGGGCUAGGGAUGUAGAUUGAAAAGAGUAAGACUCAAAUGUAAGACUGCCUAUUGUAGUGGUUCUGGUGCAAACAGACUGUCCCUGCAGUCUCUCAAUUGUAAACACUGCCGUUUGUAAGUAAAAACAUUGUUUAGAUUGAGAUGUUAGAACACCUCAAUGAGACAGGAGCCAUUAGAGCUGCUUUCUGUCGUGGUCUUGGGACAUUUGCAAGACCGACGUUCUACGUCUUCAUGCUCAGCAUGAUGACACAAAAUUCUUCCCAUAGAAAUGCAUUGAGUUAAUGCGUUUCUAUGAGGUGAUGCUGAUUGGCGCAGUGGGCCAUUAUAUAAGCAAGCAUUUGACAACCUACUAGUGAUCUUAGCCGAAAGAGGAGCGGCAGCUUGCUCAAUGGCUGGUUAGAAGGUAAGUAUUCUUACUUAUUUUAGUGUUACUAAACUUGCAGGAGGCCACACUGUCGUUAGAAAUACAGGUUUGUAUUUCUAAAAUUAGAGUACUCCUUGAACUUUAAGUAGUUAAAAUAAGAAAUCUUUAUCAAAUAUUCUAAAAGCAAUGCAAAUGCAGACUGUCAUUGUGCCGAGGUUGCCGGUGACAAUGCCUGUCUAUAUAUGUGGUCAUAGGGAUGACUAAGGCUUGUAGAGACUGAUAAUGACCACUAGAUGGUGUCAAUAUCUUUCGAAAUCACCAGUCAUACCCACUUGGCAUGUGAGAUUAAAUGUAAAGGUAUACUUCUGCUACCACAACAACACUAUAAUCAAAUUAUUAGCAGCCAGAUUACUAAGAAUUAAGGUAGGAGGAACUAAGCUGAAUUAUUAAUUUAAACUCACCCUACAGAUGAUAGCGAUGCACUCCUAAACGUUGCAUGAAUUAGAACUCAGUCAUAGCAAUUGGGGAUGAAUGGUUAUGACUAAGUGUUCUAAUUAAUGAUUAGUCCUUAAUAUACCUGAAACAGCAAAAGAAUUGGAAAUAUAACAAAAAUAAAAAAUAUGUAGUAACAAAAAACUACCAGUAGGUGUCACCAGAGGUUAAGAAAAAAAUAUUGAAAUUUAGUCUUUCUAUGUCUAGUAAUAAAAUUUAACUUUUAAUCUGUUAAUACAUAAAAUAAAACAAGUAUGACAAGCAAUAUUAAAAUAGGGUCAGUAGUCAUAAAUCUGUCUGUAGGAUACCAGUACAGAUCCUAUUUACAAAGUUGAUCGUUUAGUAUAUUUAACCAAUAUCAAUCAAAAUUACUACACAAGAUAAUCAGUCCUGAGGUGUCACCCUUAGUUAUAUAAAGCAGUUCCAAUUAAAGGACCACUAUAGUGCCAGGAAAACAUACUCGUUUUCCUGGCACUAUAGUGCCCUGAGGGUGCCCCCACCCAGCUCUGGAAGGGGGAAAGGGGUUAAAACUUACCUUUUUCCAGCGCUGGGCGGAGAGCUCUCCUCCUCUGAUCCUCCUCUUCUCCUCCCCGUCGGCUGAAUGCGCACGCGCGGCAAGAGCUGCGCGCACAUUCAGACGGUCACAUAGGAAAGCAUUCAUAAUGCUUUCCUAUGGACGCUGGCGUGCUUUCACAGUGAGAAGCAUGCAAGCGCCUCUAGCGGCUGUCAAUGAGACAGCCGCUAGAGGAAAUAGGGGAAGGCUUAACCCAUUCAUAAACAUAGCAGUUUCUCUGAAACUGCUAUGUUUAUAGAAAAAAGGGUUAACCCUAGCUGGACCAGGCACCCAGACCACUUCAUUAAGCUGAAGUGGUCUGGGUGCCUAGAGUGGUCCUUUAAUACUGAGUUUAACUAAGGAUGUAAUCCUCAAAUUGUUUUGUUUAGCAGUUACACAAGGCAGAUAGACCUAUCUCUGUGCUGUUAAUAUAGAUACAUUUCUCAUACUGUGUAUUAAAUCAUUACAAAGUAGCAGUCUUUGAUUUAUAAAGUAUCUGUCUGGUUGAUUCUAAAUAGACCUGAAUAUCUUGCAUAGAAUAGUGCAGACAGAUCAGAAAAAAUGUAUCAGUGAAAGAAAAAACGGGUUUUAUUCUAUAGAACAGACCUGCUGUAUUUCUGAGCUUCUAUUGCAGGGGUAGGCAACCUUUUAGCAGCACUGUGCUGAUAUAGGAUUGUGAUGUCCCAUAGCAUGUCGAUCCUUUUUUUGCAUUGAGGUGUGUAUGUUGCUGUAGUCUGCUUGUGUUAUUAUACUGUAAUUGCUUUGUAUCGUUGUAUUUGUGCGUAUAUGAGCUAUUAUAUUGUAUAUGUUCAUUAGUAGUUUAUGGUAUCGUGUAUGAUACCUAUGAAUGUGGGCUGUGUAUGGGGGCUGCUUGUGGAAUUGUGUGUGUGGAUUGGUAUGUCACAUUGUGUGUUUGGUAGUAUGUGGGGGCUGUUUGGGGUAUUGCAUGUGAGAGGCUGCAUGUGGGAUUGUGUGCAUGUAUGUGGAUUGUUAGUGGUGUUGUGUUUGUGCGGAUUGUGUGUAUGUUUGUUUGUGGGCUGUUCAUAUUAUUUGGAUGAGGGAAGGCUUAUUCUGCAUUUCUGUGUAUAUCUAGCAGUGUGGGUGGCUUCACUGGGUUCCAGUGGGGACCAGGCUGGCCAGGUACAGGUCAAGGACAGAAGCUGCAACAGCAGCUGCAGGCUGCUCUACUUCAGUGUGGAUUCCCAUUCACAAGUGCUGUGAGGAACUGAUCUGAGAUCACUUCCUCUAUGUGCUGCAAUGCAUAAAUUGAGGAUUUUCCUUCACCACCUUUUCGUAUUAGCAGAUAUUUAAAGUUUCACUGAGACUCCUGAUAGGCCAGAGCCUGUUUGGCUCUAGCAGCCUUGAGUGCCGUGCAAAGACACCUCGAGUGCCGUGCAUGGCACUAGUGCCGUAGGUUGCCUACCCCUGUUCUAUUGAAUAGUUCAUAUUGAAAUAAGCAACACAAGGUACUUAAAUCAGUAAGCUAAUGCUUAUCUUAUAGCUAGUAUGUAGUUCUUGGGGAAAAGAUUCUUCUCUCAUUUACCUUCAAGGGCAACCCUUAAUAAAAAAAAAAAACCUGUCUAUUCUGUCUUAUGCCCACCACUCAAAAUUAGUAAUAAGUGAAAGUAAAUAGUCGAUCUUAGGACUGCUAGAUCCCUAAAAAUGUCCAGGACGUCUAUACAUCAGGUCAGUAUUCUGUCAGUGCAGAUCUCUGCAAUUACUGAUUAGAUGUCCUGAGCCCCUCACGCGCGCGUUUCGCCAGAAUCGCUCAUCUCUAAUUAAGGCUCGAUAAAAGCUUUUGUUCAUAGUCCUUAAUAUACCUUCAGCUAAAAGUCUAACUAGUGUAUAUGUAAAAACCGCUUGUAAAAGCUGCAGGUCUCUUUUCUAAAGCUUUUGCAAUCUCUCCUCUGUUAACUCCGCCCACACUUUCGAUGGCUGUCCAAUCCCAGACUUCCCAAUGCAGCUCAAUGAGAAGUCUUUGUAAGGCAGAUGCUCUUGGCAAUUGCUGCCUCUUAGAUUUAGCUCCACUGAACUUAACAAACCAGGAAAUAACACAACCUGUUUUCUAACGAACAGCCGGGGUGUUGGACCAAGGUUAUCUUAUAAAAGUGGAAAUUUCUAUUGAAAUCUACUCUUUUUUUCAAAAAACCAAAACAUGAUGACACAUUCUCCACACCUAAAGCACUUCAGGAAGUUAAGGUGCUUUAGAGGCCUAGAGUGUUCCUUUAAGUUUCACUUUUUUUAAAUCUAUUUUCAUGAUCCCUUCAACCAAUUUUCCUUUGACUUUUGUCAAUGGCUCACAUGUUACUGUUGCAGAUCAGAAGUUCUUAACUUGUUCUGUAAAAGUUAUAAUACUACAUGAUUACUCUGCUUGGUUUAAAUGAUUUAAUCCAUGCUUCCUUUGUUGCUUGUUCUCUCAUAGAGUUCCCCAGCAGGAAAAAAAAGCCUCGCUCUCUGCUUCCACUCAGCACCAGCAAGGAUCACCGCUCCAAGGAAGAUCAGCAUCAGGAUUGUGUGAAACUGGCAACAGCUUUAUGUGUUAAAGGUAGCAGGAAUGCAUACUUAGUUUUUUUUACAAUAUUCUGUGUAUACCUAAGGAGUGAUUCAUUAAAUGCAAAUUGCUAUUUUCCUCAGUGCCUGAUAGUACGUGUGCAAUUUUUUUGAAUCAGAUUUGUGAAUAUGAAUGUGAGCUAAAACGUUUUAUGUUCUUUCCUUGUAUAAGCCACAACCACUUUUUCCAUAUAAAUCCUUGUGUUGGGGUGCCUAGCACACAGUGUUAUUUUCCCUUGAAGCUGUAUACAUUGCAGCAGAUUAAUCUUUUGCAAUUCUUAUUAUAGGCUAGUAAGUGAAUUUGUGAUAAUGUUGUCACUCACAUAAAUAAUAAUAUUCAUACAGUCCAGUGCUAAUUAUUGCAAUGAGGUUACAAACAAACCAAAUUACUAUUGCAUUGAAGAAAAGCUGAUGUAAGCCUUGCUGGUUAGAGCUGUACAUUUUCACAUCGUAUCUUGGUUAAUAUAAGUCAGGAAAUGAUCAGGUGUGUCAGUGACUGCAAAGAAAGUCAAUGUCAAUUCUAUCUUUUUUUAUUUUCUGUUCCCUCCAGAAUUACAAGAAGGAAAUCCUGCCCUUUCAGAGGACGCUGUGCAUCUGGGACUCUACAGUGAUCGCGCUACUUUGUAUCGUCUGAUGGAAGAAGAAGGUUUGUUAAAGGGAUAAUACAAGCACCAAAAUCAUUUCAUCUUAAGGAAGUUAUUUUGGUGUACAGAUGCCGCUGUUUUUCUGUUUCCUGAGAAAUGGCAGGGUUUACAUUUUGCAGUCCCCACGUCUCUUGUGGCUGUCACUCAGACAGACCUCUGUAUUUAUGUAGACUUAUGUGAUCUGAAUACAGGCGGACAUAUAGAUAGUAGAGCCUGGUUCUGUUUAAAAAAAAAAAAUUGUUUUAUUUCUUAUCAUUAAUAUUCCUUUAACCCCUUAAGGACCGAACUUAUGGAAUAAAAGGGAAUCAUGACAUGUCACACAUGUCAUGUGUCCUUAAGGGGUUAAAGGGACACUAUAGUCACCAGAACAACUACAGCUUAUUGAAUUUGUUCUGGUGAGUAGAAUCAUUAUCUUCAGGCUUUUUGCUGUAAACACGGUCUUUUCAGAGAAAAUGCAGUGUUUACAUUACAGCCUAGUGAUAACUUCACUGGCCACUCCUCAGAUGGCUGUUUGAGAUCCUUCCUGGGUCAUGGCUGCCUAAAAUGCAUCCAAACAUUCAGUAUCUCCUCCCUCUGCAUGCAGACACUGAACUUUCCUCAUAGAGAUUCAUUGAUUCAAUUCAUCUCUAUGAGGAGAUGCUGAUUGGCCAGGGCUGUGUUUGAAUCAUGCUGGCUCUGCCCCUGAUCUGCCUCUUUGUCAGUCUCAGCCAAUCCUAUGGGGAAGCACUGUGAUUGUAUCAGGCUAUCAGACUUCUAAUGAUGUCAGCAGACUGCUUGUUUUUUUUUUUUGAGGCAAACAGCAUGCAGAGUUACAGCUUCUGGCUUGAAUACAGUAAGAUGUUGCUAUAUUUAUGAAGGCAUGAGGGGCUCAGGGGGGCUAGAUGGUGGUUUUAACACUAUAGGGUCAGGAAUACAUGUUUGUGUUCCUGACCCUAUAGUGAUCCUUUAAAUACUUUCACUAAUCCUACUUGUUGUCUGUUCUCUUUACUUAUCACUUAUACAGGAAAAGCACACCUGGAGAGUGGGCACCCAGAGCUGCAGCAUCAAAUCAUGCUAUGGAAAGGGGACUUAAAGGGAACCUUGCAGCUUGCUGCUGAAAGAGGAGAACUGACAGACCAACUAGUGGCUUUGGCUCCGAUGGGUAAGUCAAUUAGCAGCCGAUUGCAACAACUAUACUUGUGUUAAUAAAUAGGAACCUAAACCUUUGAGACGGUAAGAGUGCUGAGCGUGCCCAUAACAUGGUAUGAUAUAUGUAUGUAUCAUACCGUAACUUCCAUAGAGCAUCUGCAUUUUUCUUUGCUUGAAAGGGUGGAACCAGACACAUAGAUUACCGGUGAGUGGGACUGUAAGGAAACAUACUCCAAUGGGUUUAUUCACUAAUGGCAAAGUUUUUAGCAGUCUGCAAAGCACAGGCUAAAUGAGGUUUAAACAUAUUUAAAGAAACAAAAUAAAAAAAUGUUUGCAGCACUCCAAAAAAAUACUGUUUGAAUAAAUUCCACAAGCUAAUUUUCUGAUGUACAAGUUCAAUUAAAUAAUUCACCAAGCUAUUGAGUGUUGGACAUAAAAAAAGAAGAAAACGUGCUCAUAGUGUAACAUUGCAAAGAUCAAAACCAUCAUUAAAAACCAAACUGCAGUCACACAUUUAAAAGCAUCCUUACAAAUGAAUUCACUUCAACUGUAAAUUCAAAAUAUAAGAAUUUCACCUGCCUGUGGAACAUCACACUAAAAGGAAAACCAUAUGCUUCUUGCGCUAUGUGAUGUAACUGAUGCUGUCAAAAAUUCUUCCUUUAUUAUCCGAUGUGGUUUUUGCAGACACACAGACGUUGAGUUUUUGUGUUUGUUUGUGUUAUUCUGGCCUAGAUUUUUCAAUUAGUGCAAGAAUAAAAUUUUCCAAAAGCCAUAUAUCCUCGACUAACCGCAAAGAUUGCCUCUUUCCUAUGUCUCCAUAGCUGGAUACAAGGUCUGGAUGUGGACCGUUGAAGCCUUUGUUAAGCAACUUUGCUUCCAGGAACAAUACAUAAAGGCUGCAUCCCAUCUUCUUUCCAUUAACAAAGUCUAUGAAGCUGUGCAACUCCUGAGGGGAAACCAUCUUUACAGGUCAGUGAAUGUGAUAGAUGCAUCAUGGACAGCCUUGCUUUCAAGCAAAAUAUGUUGGAUGCUUCAUAGUAUAGCUUUAUUAAAGCUGCACUGUUGGGUCUCAUUCAUUGAUUCAUAGUUUUUUAUUACAUAUACACAAGACAAAGUAUAACCAUUAGAAUAUAAAUAUUUUCUGUUUUUGUUUAUAUUGUAAUUACAUCUUUAUUUGCCAACUUUGGCUUUUCAGUGUGAUUCAGCCUUUAACUGAACCUGUUAUGUUUAUCUUAUCACAUAAUGUCUACAUCAGGUCUCCACAACCUGCGGCCCCCCCAGAUGUUUUAAACUACAACUUCCAUGAUAACAUGGCUAUGUGUUUCAUUCAAUGAAUCAUAGGCAUUGGCUAUCUGUUUUAUUCAAAUAUUCAUGGGAGUUGUAGUGCAAAACAUCUCGGGGGGGCCAUAGGUUGUGCAGGCCUGGUCUACAUGUUAUAUUCUAAAGGGAAAUUGGGAACACACCUGAACAUGCAUUUCUCAGCAAUGGUGCUGCCGUAGGGACCAAAAUGUAUACAAUAUCAGACCAAGGAGCUCAGCACACAUAAAAAUACAGUUUAUAUUUAAUAUUGCAAAAUGAAUGUUCUAAAAAACACAAUACAAAAAAUACAGUGUGUAAACUAAACAAUGAAAGUGAUAGUGCUUUGAUGUAUGUACUCAGAAUGCAAAUUAUAUAUCUGCACUGUAUCAAAUGAAAAUAAUUAUUAAAGUGACGUUGCUAUCCAAAAUGUCCUCAAAUUUAUCAUUUCCUGUGGUCACCACCAAAGGGGCAUCUGAAAUAGGGGGUGGAAUUUUUGACCCAAACGGAAUCUGGUCUGGACUCCAAACUUGCAUAGUAAAGUAAAAAAAGGGGAAUUAGGGGCACACCCAGAACAUGCAAUUCUCAGCAGUGGUGUUGACUUAGAGACCAAAAAUGAUACAAUACACAGAUUAAGGAACAGCGCACAUAAACAUAGAGUUUUACAGAUUUUAUGUUGUGUGAGGAGUAGAUAUUGUGUAAGUGCAGGUAUUAAUAUACUUCAUGACUUUUCUUUCUGAAGGCUAAUAAAAUCAGAAUGUUAUUGAAAUUCUAAAAUUGAGCCAUCUUCCUCUUCACACACCUCACUACUUCUAACUUCUUUACUGCCUUAUCCUGGCUUGACCUCAUCUAUUCAUCAGUCUACAAAAAAUUGGAACAAAAUGAACAUAUCUAGUAUUGCACUCAGUUGAAAAUGAGGCACAUUAUAGGAUAAAAUGCAACAUAUAGACUGAGUUGGGACAAGAGUUUUUAUAUAGACAAACCGUAGCCUAUCCACUUUUAAAAGACCACUAUGGACACUAAAACACAACUUUAGGUCCAUUUCAUGGGUUUUAGCCUCAUAUCUAUUCUCUAGGUUUCUCUCUGCUCUUUUUUGUUUAGUUUUUUUACUUACAAGGAGAAAUUUUUUUGAUGCUUUCUGCAGCAUAACUUCACUUUCUUAGUCGCAUGGUCCCAUUUCUCAAAAGUCCUUCAGAUUGGAAUGUAAAGUGUAGCAGUCAUCUGGACCCACAGCCAAUCACUUUCCUUUUAACUGUAUAGUAUUUCAGAGCCAUGCUAAGGGUAAUGGGGAGGAAUAAUAAGGGGACAGUGAUUGGUGGUGUUUCGGAUUGAUGCCAUCAGCUUGACAUAGAUGCAACUAAAAUGGAAGUUUCUUUUUGGUAAGAGAGGACCUGGCUAAGGGCGUGGAGUUACACUGCAAAAUCUUUCUUUUUUUUUUUAGUAAAAGAGAAUUGAAUGUGAAAAAAACAAAGCACUAAUAUGAAGCCAAAGUCUGUAAAAUGUAAUUUAAGUUGUAUUGGUGCCCACAGUAAGACUGGAGUAUCUUUUUAAGAUGUUUCACUUAGGAUUGCAUUCCUUAAUCCAUUCCAACCACUGAGCCCAUACAUCCAGAUUAUUUGUUUAUAAUUAUAGAUUUCAGUAAGGCUUUUGACACUGUUGUACAUAGGUUUAUCAAUAAACUGCAAUCUUUAAGUUUGGAUUCCAAUAUUGUUGAAUGGGUUAAGCAGUGGCUGACUGACAGGCAACAUAGGGUUGUAGUGAGUAUAUUUGAAGCAAGAUCUUACCAGUGGGGUACUUUGAUGCAUUCUCUUCAAUAUUUUUAUUAGUGAUGUUGCAGCAGAUCUUGAUGGUAAGUUAUGUCUUUUUGCUGAUGAUACAAAGAUUUUCAACAGGGUUGAUGUUCCAGGAGGGAUAAGCCAAAUGGCAAAAGAUUUAGGUAAACUAGAAAAAUGGUCCGUGGCAGCUGACAUUUAAUAUGUAUAAGUGCAAGAUAAUGCAUUUUGGGCAUAAAAACUCAUGGGUAGAGUAUAGAUUAUUUGAUACAGUCCUAACCUCAACAUCUGAGGAAAGGGAUUUAGGGGUAAUUAUUUCUGAUGACUUAAUGUUAGGCAGACAAUGUAAUAGAGCAGCAGGAAAUGCCAGCAGAAUGCUUGGUUGUAUAGGGCGAGGUAUUAGGAGUAGAAAGAGGGAAGUGAUCACUGGUGAGACCUCACUUGGAGUAUUGUACAUAGUACUGGAGACCGUAUCUACAGAAGGAUAUUGACACUUUGGCAAGAGUUCAGAGAAGGGCAACUAAACUGGUUCAUAGAUUGGAGGGAAAAAUGGACGAGGACAGGUUAAAGGAUCUUAACAUGUAUAGCUUGGAGGAAAGACGAGACAGGGCGGAUAUGAUAGAAACAUUUAAAUACAUAAAUGGAAUCAACACAGUAAAGGAGGAGACUAUAUUUAAAAGAAAAAACUUUGUGACCUCGUGUAUCUAAACCGGUAUAACUUUCAUUCUCACUUUAUCUCAGUGUUAAGUGUUUUUGAGUACCCAUUGCAUUUAUUAAUUUUCUGUUUUUAGGGAAGCCAUAGCUGUGGCCAAAUCUCGCCUCCUCCCUGAUGACCCUGUUCUGCGGGAGCUGUACACUGCAUGGGCUGCAGUUUUAGAACAAGAUGGACACUACUCCAUGGCUGCUAAAUGGUAAGUGGACCAUAGCUAACUGAUGUGUGUUCAAGAUACUGUGAUGUUUAUAUUUUAUUUUAUGUUAAUAUAUUUAUUAGUAAAAUCAUUCAGACAUAGAGAUAUACACAGUAUUUCUUCUGGUUAUUACUCCUGAUGAAAGGAGGUUAAAGGUAACGUUUGAAACCAGCAACCACCAAAGGUUUAUAUCCAGCAAUACUGGACGUAAGAUAUUUGCAGAGAGAGUUGUAUGUCCAAACUAUUCCAUGGUCACCAAAAAUUGCAUACAAUGAAUGAACUAGUCUUAAUUGGAGCUACUGCUGGUAAGUGUAGCUGUUGAUGUUGGACGUGACGAGAGAUAUUAGAACAAAGGCACACUCUAAACUAUUAAUAACUCAAGAUACAUGGCACCCAAAAAUGAAUCAAGCAACCACCUAGUGUAGUUUUAUAAAUCCUUGAUUAUUGAAGAUCAACUUCUUACUGAAAUUUUCAAAAAGUGUUUUUUUUCUUUUUUUAAUAAUAAAAAAAUGUCUUAUGUCUCAAAAUGUGUCUGGAGUCUGUCACAUUUGUGACAGUUUAUAAAAGUUCUGAAUUCAAUAAAAAAAAUGCACUUUUUAAACUUGGGAGCAGUAACUCCUCGCUAGCUGUUUUAUAGAGGUGUUCCUCUCUCUUCUUACAGCUCACUGAGAAUCAUUGUAAAUGUGCACAUGUGGCGCUCUCUGACUCAAAGUCUGUGUUGGGCAAAAGAGAUCUGCAGCUUUUGCAAGCUGUGUUUUGAUAUACCCCCCCAAUGAAAAAAUGCAGAAUAAAUGUAUGCAUGUUUUCAUUGGUGGGUAUAUCUACAAAAUUCUUAUAUACAGAAAAUUCAGUGGAUUAUCUUUAAUGUUAAAAUGCAGCUUUAUAUAAAUUGAUAUAUAAAUGGUUAAAAUACAAAUCCUGUUUACAGAAUCUAAUAGCAGGCUAACUUUCUUAAACGUUGAUAGUAUGUUUGUAUCUGCUUUCGUGUACCUGCAUACAUUUUCUCUGUUUUUUUGUCUUUCAGUUAUUUAGGGGCAUCCUCUCCGUAUGAUGCAGCCAAAGUACUUGCCAAAAAAGGAGAUCUGUUAUCCCUAAGCACAGCAUCCAAGCUUGCUUUAAUAGCGGGGGAAAAGGAGCUGGCUGCUUCAUUUGCCCUUCGCUGUGCCCAAGAGUUUGUGACUACAAAGAACUGGGUGGGAGCUCAGCAGGCUUUGCAGCAGCAUCACAAUUUGUUGGUAAGGUGAUUCCACUAUACUGAUUAAGCCUUUCAGAACCAUAAUAUUGUACAAUCAAGUAUUGUGCAUUGUUGGUUAUGACCGAUAGUAAACAAAGGAAAGAUGAAAGAACAGUUUAGAACUUUAGUAGCAAGAUCAAACAUGUCAGGGGUAAUUCACUGCUUUCAAGGAUAGAUUGUAAUGUUAAUAACAAGAAAGAAGCUGUGUUCUUUUACCUUUGUAAUCAAAUUUGACCUAUUACUGUUUGCAAUGAAAAAAAUCAAUCAAUACAUUGAUUAUUUCUUUGUGUAUCUGCCCCUGGCCAAAUCAAUGAAACAAUGCGUGCACGCUCCCUGAAGUAAUUCACACCAGACACAGGUUCCAGGUUGUUGAAUAACUUGAGGAAUGUUUAUUCAGAGGGGACGGCAGGUCCCUUUUAAAGCAAAAUUACAUCAUAAGCAUUGUCAGAGAUAACAUGGAAUAAUACAUCAAUAAUUGGUUAGGUGUUAAGUGGUUGCUCUAAUGCUCUGCCUACUGUAGGUGAUGUCACCGGGGCCAUGAGGGUCUCCCACGGUUUCCCGGCGCCAUCUUGCUGCACGAGGUAGUUAGUUGGUGUUAAGAAGGGAAAAGGGGGGGGGGAGAAGGGGUUAGAAGCUUCUAGCAGCCAUUUUGAUUAAAACAUGUGUGCUUAGCUUUAUAUAUGAUAUAUCGUGGAAUGAGUAAAUAGACAUUUUCACUAACUAGGAAAUAUGUGUAGACCUUAUUUCCACAACAGUCCCCCCUAAAAUGGCUAUUUACCAUAACAACUGCUACUGUCCCUAAUAUGUCCCUAGCUGCCUGCAGCUCAUCUGUCUUAACAAGCAUCGAACACUUCACUCCGUGGGUAACCCACAGCGGCUAGUCCACCACAUCUCCACACGUGAGACUCACCUGCUAAGACAGACGCUUUCCCUACACUGUCCCUACAGGAAAGCAGUUGUCUGUUUGAACUGAUGUGAUUGAAGGGGUGUAUGUGGAGUGUCAUCUUCGAGGUCUGUGAUGUCUUGAUGUAGGAAAGUAGGGGUCACGUCAUCUAUAGUCUUAUCUACCGCUUUCUGUAAGUACUUCUGUAUGCAAGGGAGCACGCAACAGGUUAAAAAUAAAAAGAUGAUAAUCAUUAUAAGAACAGCUGUCUCUACCUGGAAGAGGGUCCUUUGCCAACCAUUCAUCCACCCAAACCAUCUGUCCCAAGUGUCGGUGACUCCUGAAUUUUUCUUUAGUUCAUCUGAAAGACUAUCUAGCUUUUCUAUGGCCGUAGUCACCUUACCAUUUGGCCCAGUGUUGUCUGGAAUGUAUGUGCAACAUGUCAUAGUCUCAGGGAGGAUUUUACAUACUCCCCCUUUCUCAGCUAAAAUCAUAUCUAGGGCCAUUCUGUUCUGAAAUGUAAUUUGGGUAGUGGCUUGUAACUGUUCUGCUAGGCCCUGUAGGGCAUCCCUUGUGUAGUUAACGAAGCGCUGCUGAUUAUAAUAGAUGUAGUUGAUCCAAUUGACAUUUUUGUUAGCAGUUAUCAUUGGAAUUAGGGAUUCAAAUCCUGCAGCCACUUCAUCUCUUGCUUUAAAUUCGUUAGGCACCCCCCUUGGCACACCUAUGGCAUCAAUAUACACAUGGGGGUCGAAGCUCCCUCGGAUAGGAGCCUCUCGUUUGGUUCUAGAGUGUACAUGUGUAAGGUUUAAUGUGUUAUGACUACCAUCCGGAAUAAUGUGGAUAGGCAUUAUGACUUUGGUUAGGGCACACUCCCCCCACCAUUGCCCAGCUAAUUGAGACCUCAAUUGUUUGUCACCACAUAACCAAUAGAUAUCACCGAUUGUCUUUGUGUGGUUCAUUAGCAGUGAUACUGGUGGAUUAUGGUAAGUUGAGCAGUAUCCUGAUGGGAAUUUGCCCAGAUGCAAACCAGCGUUCUUAGGCAUUGUAUAACAUGUGUAAUUACCUGGGUAGACGGUGACUCCAUCAGGUGGUUUUACAUGUCCAUGAGUGAUUGGAUAAAUUCUCUUCCAUGAUUCACAUGUUCAGGAGUUUGUGGUGGAUUGUGCGUAAAGACUCAGAACACAUAAUUCUACCUCAGGAGGUAAGCUCAGAGGUACUGUGCCCAGAUGGGGCCUGGCUCCUCCGCAUACAUAACAGUUAGUCUUAUUAUGUGAGUUGGCGUUAUACCUCAUCCAUUCUAGCCACAAAUUAGUGUCUGAAAACCCAGUCUCUACUGCCAUGGUAUCUUCAAAGGUGGGGUUGGCUAUAGCUACCAUGUCAUGUAGGGUCUUAAUAUGUGGUUUUAAUGGGUUAAUGAUCAUGUGUGUGGUCCCUACCCAGUCUGGGGAGGUGAGCAUGUCUUGUAGGUAAAAUGUCCCCAGUGCAUUAUGUGAGCCACCUCCCUUCCAGUACAUUCCCAUCACAUAUUCCCCUGCAUCCCUUGGGCUGGGGUGUUCUAUGUUCAGGGUAAGUUUAAUGGGAGUUGACCCUAUGGGUUUACUCAGAGUCAUUCUAGAAAGUAGGGGUUUCCCGUCUCUGUCAAGUCUGUCCAGUGCAACUUGAGGUUUGUAGCCCCAUGGUCUACCUGUAUUCCACCCGGCAGCUUUCCAUGAACUACAAUGGUGUCCCCAAACUCCUCCAGUCACACAAAUGUAUGGAUCCUUUUUGUUAGGUAUGUCUUUGUAUAUGACUGCAUAUUGUGUUUGUGGAAAUGUACAAGUAACUAUGUCACAGUAAUCAAAGGUGUAUGUGGCUACAUCAGUAUUAGAAGAAUUGUACCAGAAAGUGUAAACGUGAUUAUCUUUGGUUAUGGCCACUUGUUGGGCCCAGACAAAGUGUAGCAACAUAAAACACAAGACACAUAAUAAAUUCAUAUUUCAACAGGAUCAGCCUCUUCUGGAGCAGGCACUUUUUUGCAAUGUGAAGCGUGUAUCCAAGAACUCUUCCCAGCUAGUUUAACUGACGUUGCUGUAAUCAGGAGCACUUGAUAAGGACCAUCAAAUCUCGGUUCUAGGGUGUGUUUCCUGAGAAACUUCUUGACCAUAACCCAAUCACCCGGAAGCAGCUUGUGUGUACCUGUAUUCGACUCAGGAUCUGGAAUAGAAGAAAACACUUGGGCAUGUAUCUUGGUCAAGGCAUGUGAGAGGGCAGUCACAUAGUCUACCAUAGCAUCUGACUGAAUCUGAAGCUGUUGGGGAAAGUAGCAACCUAACCUGGGUGCUGUACCAAACAAAAUCUCAUACGGUGACAAGCUAUAUUUUCCUCUGGGAGUGUACCUUACACUAAACAACGCUAGUGGGAGACUCUCGGGCCAGGGCAUGUUAGUUUCUUGUGACAUCUUAAGCAUUCUGGCUUUCAAAGUGCCAUUCAUGCGUUCUACCUUACCGCUACUCUGUGGGUGAUAUGGUGUGUGGAAUGCAAGGAUCACCCCCAGUGCUGACCAGACUUCCCGUGUUAGCGAGGCAGUGAAGGAGGUCCCUUGGUCACUUUCAAUUACUUCUGGAACUCCAUAGCGGAAAACAAUUUCUGUCAAAAGAUACUUGGCUGUAGUCCUCGCGGUGAGAUUAGUCACUGGGAAGGCCUCUGGCCAUCCUGAAAACAUGUCCACUAUGACCAAUGCAUAUUCAUAACGUCCACUCUUUGGCAUCUGAAUGUGAUCAAUCUGGAUCCUCUGGAAGGGGUAUUGUGGUUUAGCUAGGUGAUUAGGUGCGGUCUUUAUAAUCUUUCCAGGAUUGCAUUUAGCACAUAUAGUACAAGAUUUACAGUAAUUCUGUGUUAAGGUAGUGAUGCCUGGUGCUUCAAAAUACUUGUCAAUCAACGAGUUCAUCAGAUGUUUUGAUAGGUGGGCUGGCCCAUGGGCCCACUGGACCACCGCUGGAUACAUAUUUCUGGGUAGGCAAAACUUGAGAUUGAUAGUGUAAACAUCAUCACGGAGUACAGCUCCUUUGUUCUUCCAACUUUGUUUCUCCUGGGGAGUAGCAGCAGCUUGUUGUUCCUUCAGAAGCCUAAGAUCUGUAGGCAGUGUCUGCAUAGUGUAGAUGGGUAAUGUAUCUGCGGCCACUCUUCUGUCCACUUCCCAUCCUUGCCGUGCUGCUUCCUUAGCUGCCUGAUCAGCUAAGUGGUUGCCACGUGCUUCUUCUGUGUCUAGUCUUCCGUGGGCUUUCACUUUCAGUACUGCCACCUCUGCUGGAAGUUCCAAUGCAUCCAUUAGUUCUGCAAUGGCUACCCCAUGUUUUACUGGGGUACCGGCAGCCGUAAGAAAUCCUCUGGUCUUCCAAAUUAAGCCAAAGUCAUGUGCUACUCCCAGGGCAUAUCUUGAAUCCGUGUAAAUAUUGACACGUAGACCUUCAGACAAUUUGCAGGCCACAGUCAGAGCUGUUAGCUCGGCUUCUUGAGCAGACUUAGUUGGUUGUAGGGCAGCUGCUUGUAAUACUUGACAUCCUGUGGUGACUGCAUACCCAGUGUGAUAUUGUCCCUGUUCAUCAGCAAAUCUUGACCCAUCCACAAAUAGUGUUUGGUCCGGGUUGAGUAAUGCAGCUUCAUAGACAGUUGGUAGGUGUGUAGUUUCCAUUUUCAUUUGUUCAAAACAAUCAUGAGGAAUAUCUAGGUCACAGUCUGUGGUGAGUGGGUCUUCACGGGCUUCUGUGUGGUACCUUGGGUACCCUGCUGUACAGUAAUUAAGUCUUUUUGUUGAUCCCCGUAGAAGUCAGUUGUUCUUGGUUCAUUUGGCUCCAGGUUUUGGCCAUCGGGCCUAGGUCUUUCCAUGAGGUGUCGGGGGAUCUGGUGAGAGAUAUGUGUGGGAUAGCUGUUUCCCAAUGAUGAUAGAGAUGUGUUACAUUCUCUGGAAGAUGGACUAAGAUGAUCAUGGUACCUGUGGGGUCCCAGAAUAAGUCAGUCAGGGUAAUUUGAAUUUCUUUGAGCUGGAAUAGUUCUUCCUCAUAGUUCAUAUCAGGGCCUGGUACGUCCUUAAACCACAAGGUACAGUGAAGUAGGGCCUCUGAUUGUUCAUCAUGUGGGGGUGCAAGUGCAGGCAGCUGCAAAUCUGCUCGGACCUCUGGGUUGAUAUCCAGGCUAUACCAGUGAUGCAUAACUCCCCCCUUGGGAAGUGGCAGAAGAGUGGCUGGGUUCAGGGAAAGACAUCUCUGGAGUUUCACAUUGUCAGGUAGAAGUAAGGAGGUUUGUAGACGGAGGUGACGUUGGGAGGAAAGGUGUUUAGGUUGAACUUGUUGCAGGAUUGCAGUAAUGUCAUGAGGGGCCAACACUGUGAGGUGAUGGCCAAGAACAAAAUCAUUGGUCUUGUCCAGGAGGGCACUGGCGGCAAACACCGCUCUGAGGCAAGAGGGGCUACCCCUCGCAACAGGGUCAAGCAUGCAGGAAAAAUAGCCAAUAGGUCGUUGCCUUGACCCAUGUUUCUGGGUAAGGACUCCGGAAGCAUGUCCUGACUUUUCAGAGACAAACAAAUUGAAAGGAAGUUGGUAGUUGGGUAGGCCCAAGGCAGGUGCAGAAGCAAUAGCUCUUUUCAGAUUGUGGAAACAGGUGAUAGUUUCUUCAGUGAGGUGAAAGGGCUCACUCCUGAGGGCAUCAUAAAGUGGCUGCAUGAGCUUUGAUGCUUCGGGUAUCCAGGACCUGCAGUAUGUGAUAAGACCCAAAAAGGCAUGAAGAGUCUGAUGUGUCGCAGGUAAAGGGAGUUGCAGAAUAGCUUGCACACGUUGAGAAGUUAGAUGUUUGGUGCCAUGGGAAAGGCAAUGUCCCAAGAAGACCACAGAGGGCCGGCACCAUUGUAGCUUUGAUUUUGAAGCUUUGCAACCGGCUGCAGCGAGGAAACAUAAGAGAUCUUCUGAGUCACGCUCAGCAAUGGGCAAAUCAGGAGCACAGAGAAGGAGAUCAUCAACAUAUUGAAGCAGGACAACAUCCAAAUGAGAUUUCUGCCAGGGAUCCAGAACCAGAGACAUGGCAUGAGCAAACUGUGUGGGGGAAUUCUGAGCCCCCUGAGGCAUAACUGUCCAGGUAUAUUGUUGUCCUUCAUGGGUGAAGGCGAAGAGAAAGCGGCAGGAAGGGUCAAGGGGCACACUGAAAAAGGCAUUAGCUAGAUCCACUACAGUGAAUAUUGUGGAAGUUGGUGGGACUUGGGACAAGAGGGUGUGUGGGUUUGGAACAAUAGCAGUGUCUUUAAUGGUUACUUCAUUAACAGCACGGAGGUCCUGCACCAUUCGGUACUGGUCGGGUUGACCCUUAACAGUUCGCUUUUUAACAGGGAAAAGUGGUGUGUUACAUGGAGAUGUGCACUUGAUGAGGGCACCUUUGGCAAGUAGGCUUUCAACUUGUUUGGUGAUGGCUUCAGCUUGUGCUGGCUUCAGAGGAUACUGUGGUCUACGAGGAGGUAGUGCUCCAGGCAGGAGCUGGACCAAGACUGGGGGUACAUGCAAGCGCCCAAUAUCAUCCGGGCCGGUGGACCAAAGUUCUUGGGGGAUAUGAUCCAGAGCACUGGGGGUGUGUGAGACCCGUGCAUUCCCUGUAUUGUCAGUUAGGUUCAACAAGAUGGGGAGUGAGCAGAGGACAGAGGUGUCUUUUUGUGAUAAGGGGGUUGUCAACUCAACUUGACCAUCUGCAGUAAAGGUAAUAGAUGCCUGGAGCCGAGAGAGAACAUCAGCACCUAGGAGGUUAAUGGGGCAAGUAGAAGAAACAACAAACCGGGAGAGGAUGUGUGAUCCUACGUGUAGGAGCUUAGUAAGGGGGUUACUGCGUGGUGUACCAUCCACCCCAACACAGGAGACAUCGGUCUCCGAUAAGAAGGAAGGAUCUGGCAGGUCUUGUUCCCUGAGGACACUACGGGCUGCACCUGUGUCAACUAGAAAGGUGGUUGGAUGACCCUCCACGGGGAGAACUACAGUAGCUAAAGGCCCUCCCCCAUCCCUUGCAGACACUGCCAUGGCAGGGGUUGCUGACACAGGCUUGCCAGUUACCUAUUGUAAUAAAUCUAGAUGGGCCUGGUCUGGUCCCUGGUACCGGCGGGAAGUGGAAGGAGGGUUACUAGAAUGCAUGGGAGGACGGGAUGGACGGAUAGCGUGGCGGGGCUGUGGCUGACUGUCUUGGAAAUCAUCGUUGUCAUACCCUUCAGCGGAGGGCGAAGUGUAUGCACGAGCUUCUGAUGCAGGGAGCCGGGCUUGGGUGUAUUCAGCAGGAGGGGGAGGAGGAGGUUGAGGAAGUUGAGGCAACUGUGGAUGGGGCAGGGCAGGGAGGUAACCAGUGGAGGGGAAGUUAUAGCCGGUGACAUGGGGACUUGGAUACCGGGGAGUCUGUUGGCGGAUCACUCUAGGGUGUGGGCAAUCUCUUCUAAAGUGACCUGGCUGAUUACAAUUAAAACAGGUCCGGAUUGUCGUGAUAGUCCGGUCCCGGGAGAAGGGAAUUGGUGCAGGCAGUGUCUGGGGUGAGUGAGUGUACUGCUGGGGGAGUAACUGAGGAACUUGGUUAGAACCUGCAAUUGGUGUGGAGGUAGUGUACAUCAGAGGACUAGUUCUUCGCUGUGUGGGUUGCAAAACAGAUUCUAAGCCUUUGGCUACCAACAAAAGAGUGUCCAGUGGAAUAAUUCUGUACUCUGGGCGAGCUAAAAUUAACCCCUUACGAAUGUGCUCCCUAAGGCCUGCCACAAAAGCUGCAGAUAGCAUCUGGGUGUGUGCUUUGUUAUAGGUGCUGAACCCUAAGUCUGAGAAAGUCUGAGUCAACCUAGAGUGAUACUUUUCAACUGUCUCAAGUUUAUCCUGAAUUAUGUCAUUUAUGCAAGUAGCCUGAUCAGCUAGUUUAUCCUGUGCCCAGGCUCGGAGCUGUUCACAGAAAAUUUCACCAGAGCGAAAAUCAGUAUCAGAAGUAAGUGGAGCGUCGUUAAAGCUCCGUUCCAUGAUUGGCCAGUAUGCAUCUCCAGCCUUUAUUUCACACAAACUAAUAAGAUCCCGCCAAGCAGCGGAGUAUGUUUUACGGAUCUGGGCCAUCCUGCGGAAAAAGGGCAUGGGGUGUUUCUCAGGAUCAGGGAGUGAGGUUACAAGGGUAGCAGCUUGGGAAGGGUUGAAGGUAACAUACAUGGGUGGUGCACCAUCCGCUCCAUGGUUAAUCUGGGUAUAACCCUGGGGGAUAGAGUGCCGUUGGGGGAGCCUGUUCCCCCCUAGGCGAGGUGAGCCCUGGUCCACCACAACGACCUCCUCAGGUGCCACCGGGCCGCUGUGAAGAGUAGUCUCAGGGGUAGCUGUGGCGGGGGCGGCAGGGAGGCCGGUGAUGGGAGAGGUAGUUGGGUGGAAACCCGAGGCCUGGGGGGAAGCACCCAUUGCAUAGGGUUGGUCCGAUGUCACAGACACCUCGGACCCAACCACCAUGAUUGGAUAACUAGGACUGGCGGAAGGGACAUGAGGAAUCAAUGCCGUGGAAGGGGCUGCUAUGGGGGCCGGUUGAGAUGGGCGUGAGAGGUGAGUGUUUAGGACAUGAGCAAGAGCAGAGAUUGGAUCGGAAGGCUCGGGGAUGUUAGCGGGAGACAAGGAAGGGGUCGGAGGUUCGGGGGGAGGAGGUGGAGGAGGGGGUGGUAAAUCAGUGGGAGGCGGCACAGGGAUCGCGGAAUUAACCAGGGAGGUAACAGCAGAGAAGAGGGCGGAUAUCGAGCUAGACAGGUCAUUGGCCGUGGAUGAGUCAGGGGUCACCGGGGGAGGGUUCGGAGGGAUGGGAACAGGGGGCUGUGUCGUAACAACGUGGGUGGAGGGUUGGGACGGCAAACCAGUUGGGGGAGGAGGAGGCAACGAGGUAGAGGGGGCCGGGACUUCGGGAGGAGGUAACACUGGAGAAGGGGUUGGAGGGGUGGUAACAGGGGGUUGGGUCAGGGCGGUGAGGGCAGAGAUUAGGGACGGCAAAUCGGCCAGGGGAGGAGGAGGCAACGAGGUAGAGGGGGCCGGGACUUCGGGAGGAGGUAACACUGGAGAAGGUGGUAACAGGGGGUUGGGUCAGGGCGGUGAGGGUAGAGAUUAGGGACGGCAAAUCGGCCGGGGGAGGAGGAGGCAACGAGGUAGAGGGGGCCGGGACUUCGGGAGGAGGUAACAAUGUGUGGAUAGCGGGAGGGUCCUGGAGGAUGGGAGGGGUGUCUGGGAGUGUUGAGAGUGAAGCAGAAAGGGCGGCUACUAUUGUUGCAAGAUUAACGGGGGGGGAGGAGGCAGAGGGAGGGCCAACUGUGGUGGUACAUAAGGGAGCAGAGGCAAGGGGACCGGGAUCAACGGGCUGGACAAUAUUCAUGAGAGUGGAGAGUAGGGAUGAGGGAUCCUUGGAGGAGGAAGGCGAAGGGGAAUGAGAAGGAGAGAAGGGCAGAGAGGGUGAAGGGGUAGGGGUCACGGGACAGGUCACUUUCGAAAGGUUAGCGAGGAAAGGUCUAGGUCCAGGGGUAUGGGAGAAGGAGGGUCCGUGGGGGGAAAGGGGUCCGGAGGAACGGGGUUGGUGGAAUGGGCAAGGGUCGGGGGAGUUGAGUGUGUAAUAGUCGAGGGGGGUGAGGGAGUGGGUGUUGCUAGGGAUGGGGUACUCGAGGUGGAGAGGGAAUGAGAGGAGGAAGAGGAGGGAACUUCGGUGGGUGAGGCGGGAGUAGUUAGGACGGGAUCUUGACGAGGAUUCAGAGUGAGAACAGGCACUGGGAGAGGUAGCGGAGGACAUGGAGGUGGGGGUACUUCAACAGACAUGACGGGAGAAUGGUUGAUGGAGGGGGCUGGGUCAUAGGAGGGUUGGUGCAUGGGAGUGGGUGGGAACGAGUGAAGUGGCACUGGGUAGUAGUAAGCACCAUCCGCACCGAGUACGGGGCACAGGGGGGUGGGAGCUGAAGGCACACCCCCGGGGGGUGGGGGUCUGUGCUGUGACGGGGGAAGCAGGGCGGGAAUUUACUGUUGCGCUCUGGGCGCCAUCAUAGGGCGGUGGCCGCGGGACAAUGGAAACAACAUCAUCAUUGUUAACACUCCUAUGGUAAACAUACACGAUUUGCCCCUCAAACUCCAACUCUUCCUCGACCCAUCCUUCCCGUUUCAGACCUCUAGCUACCCGAUACCAAGCCUCUGCAACCUUUGUGAGUCCAUUAUCCAACAACAACCCUUCCUUGUCUAUGAGUAACUUCCUCCAAAACUCAGGCUGCAAUCUCCCACUGGGCGACAUCUGGAAGCCACACACCUUAACAAUCUUUCUAAGUUUCAACAUUGCAUCUUCCCCUGCCCUUUCUUUCACAAUGUCACAAGCCAGCAAGCCCUUAGCAGGUCUAGCAUGUUCCUGCCCCAUCUUGAGUAAUUGAAGCGUGCCACGUGCUAAAGACAGAUAAAUAGAGGAGGUACAAGGGAGAAGGAAAAAGAAUGUCUACAGUGCUCGACUGCCACGGGAACUUGAGCCCCGUGCGUCUUCCCCAAACGUGGACCAGUCACGGAGAUCCGCCCACCCGGGGUGGUGGUCACGGACGGGAGCGAAUGAGCGUGGGUGACUAACACAGCUCUGGGCAACAGGCACAGGAGAGAUAAAGAACAAAGGAGAAAAUGAACGUGGCUGCGCUAAUGAGGAGACAUUUGCAAAAAUCACAAACAUAUAAAUGAGCGUAAACUCCGGAAUCCAGAACUAACCACACAAUACACACACACACACCAAGGGUACCCACACUGUAACAACAAUUAAACAAAAACCACACUGGUGCCAAAUAUUCAAAGUAUAGCAAUCCCCAGCCGUCACUCACCAGGCUGGUCCUGGUAUAACACAGGUACCAAUAAAAACACUGCAAUAAUCAAACAAAAUCCCAGCCCCACCGGCUGUAACGCAUUCCCUGCCCGCUAGGCAGUCAAGCUAACAUAAAAUCCCAGCCCCACCGGCUGUAAUGAGUUCCCUGCCCGCAAGGCAGUCAAGCUAACAUAAAAUCCCAGCCCCACCGGCUGUAAUGCGUUCCCUGCCCGCUAGGCAGUCAAGCUAACAUAAAAUCCCAGCCCCUCCGGCUGUAAUGCGUUCCCUGCCCGCUAGGCAGUCAAGCUAACAUAAAAUCCCAACCCCACCGGCUGUAAUGCGUUCCCUGCCCGCUAGGCAGUCAAGCUAACAUAAAAUCCCAGCCCCACCGGCUGUAAUGCGUUCCCUGCCCGCUAGGCAGUCAAGCAAACAUAAAAUCCUAGCCCCACCGGCUGUAAUGCAUUCCCUGCCCGCCAGGCAGUCAAGCAAACAUAAAAUCCCAGCCCCACCGGCUGUAAUGCGUUCCCUGCCCGCUAGGCAGUCAAGCUAACAUCUAAAAUGCGUUCCCUGCCUGCUAGGCAGUCAAGCUAACAUCUUUUAAAAGAAGGAAAAACACACAUACAUAUAAAUGAAUACAGGAGGCAGACAAUCGACAGGUUCACUUUAAAAAGGCACACCGGAUGAGUUAGUUACCUGUCUCUAGUAGCCUUCUGGAAGCCGGAAGUGGACUCGGAGACAGACCGACACAAAACAGGAGAAUAACACAGGCAACGGCUGUAUUAUGGAGGUGAUCAGGCUCCGCUUGUCCCACUUUCCGGAGGUCCGCUCCGGUCCGUUGGUUCCGGCCCUCCGAACCGGCCCUCCGGUGGCCCCACGUUGGGCGCCAAUUGAAAUGGAAAAAUCAAUCAAUACAUUGAUUAUUUCUUUGUGUAUCUGCCCCUGGCCAAAUCAAUGAAACAAUGCGUGCACGCUCCCUGAAGUAAUUCACACCAGACACAGGUUCCAGGUUGUUGAAUAACUUGAGGAAUGUUUAUUCAGAGGGGACGGCAGGUCCCUUUUAAAGCAAAAUUACAUCAUAAGCAUUGUCAGAGAUAACAUGGAAUAAUACAUCAAUAAUUGGUUAGGUGUUAAGUGGUUGCUCUAAUGCUCUGCCUACUGUAGGUGAUGUCACCGGGGCCAUGAGGGUCUCCCACGGUUUCCCGGCGCCAUCUUGCUGCACGAGGUAGUUAGUUGGUGUUAAGAAGGGAAAAGGGGGGGGGGAGAAGGGGUUAGAAGCUUCUAGCAGCCAUUUUGAUUAAAACAUGUGUGCUUAGCUUUAUAUAUGAUAUAUCGUGGAAUGAGUAAAUAGACAUUUUCACUAACUAGGAAAUCUGUGCAGACCUUAUUUCCACAACACUGUUGAAGUAGGUUUACAAUGAUACUCAGUCUACACAAUACACUUUUAAGACAUGUAUAAUUUUUUUAAGGUCAUGUGGUCUUUUAGUAUUUAUUUCCUUGUAUCACAGCUGGAAUUAAUCACACCUAGAGAAAAUAACAAUGAAACAAACAUUUACUUCAUUUAAGACUUGGUAGUGUUUAAACAUCCCAUAAUAAAAGGGAUGAUACUUUCAGUGCUAAAUUAAUUAAAAUGCUAGAUUUGGCAGUUAAGUGAAACAGCAAAACCUAAUGGACUACACAAAGCUACUGAAACCAAAGUGUUUGUUGUUUUAUUAAUUCUAUCAAGAUAUCAAAUGUUCGUCUACUGAGUAUAUCUAUCCAGAAAUGUGUACAGUGUAACCUGUAGACCUUAAAGUACGUUUCUUGUUUUUGAUUCCUAGGGUCAGAGGCUAGUUUUCUGCACAAGCGAACUGUUGUACAGUGUCUUGGAAGAGAAGACACCAGUGGAUUGGAAGACACAACAUGCUCCAUGUUUCCAUGAUUGGGUGCAGUGUAUCACCCAGGAAUCCUUCAUUACCAGAUUGAUAGGACUGUGGCAGAGUGAGCUUGGCGUAAACGCUGCAGAUCAGUACACUGAAGCUUACCAGCAACUAUGCACCUCUGAAACCCCUCCGACUACCGCUAACACCUACCCAAAGCAGGUAACAUUGAGUGCCUCUUACAUUUACAAUGUACACUCUUUCAGCUAUAGUUUCAGAAUUAGCUGAAGAUCUAAAAAUAAUAAAGAUUCUGAAUUUAAAAUAAACUAAACCAUGUGAUGUGUACAAACAGCUGUGGACUGCAGCUAUUUGUGAUAAGAGGACACUAUACACAUUAUUUUUUGUACUUCAUGUGAUGUGCACGUCAGUGCUUAAAGUAUGUUACUAACUAUAUUUUAAGUAUUUAAAUUUGCUUAAAGCUGCAGAUUGUAUUCGAAGAGAUAAAUUGCUCACAUGCUCCUGUGCAAAGUGCUGUCAUAAAUUAACAGCAUAUAAUCAGCAGAUUCUUUAAAUAUAAAUUUAGUUAAAAAAUGUAAGUUUCUACCAUGUGAGUUUAUAUACCUUGUAAGAAUACAUUAAUAUAAAAGGACUACGGUACUCAUUUUGUUUAAUAUAAACAUUGUGCAAGUGAUUUUAUCUAAUCUAGAUCAUGGUAAUAUCUGAUGUUAGGGACUAGACUUGUGCACAAAUAUCUUUUAGGUUGGCCAAACAAAUCAACACCUUUAUAAUCUAUUUCUGAACGGAUCGAUUAUUCAAUGAAUAAGACUGCACAUGUAAAUCCUGGAUCUAUCUUUGACUUUGAGCUGAUUCCAUUUUUCUAUUGUUCUACACAUGCAGUUGCUACUCCAGCUUUCUCAUGAGGUGACUUUUUCUGCAUUGAGCUACCUCACAAAAAACUGGGACGAAGCGGCACCAGCUUUACUACGAACACUGACACGCUGUCAACAAGCUGGAUAUUUCACCUUAAUGCAAGAAGUGUCCAGGCUGCUUCUUCCUGAAGGCAAGUUCAAGAAAUGAUACCUUUGGGGUGUUCAUACUAGACCGUGAAUUGCAGGCAACUGACAACAGUCUGUUGGAAAAUAUCUUGAAGUUGGACAUUUUUUUUUUGAAACCCAACUCUGCUUUUUGGUCACAAUGUAAAAAGUGAGAAUUCAAAAUUAAUUUCAAAUUUUAGACUAAAAUAGUGGUCUUAGAGAAUUGUUCCAGUUUAGCUGCUUUGUUCUUACAUGUGGUGUUCACUUUAAAUUGUAAGGUGCCAACACUGUUUUCAAACGGUUUGACUUCUUACCUGGAAUCUGGGAGUAGGGGCUUUUGUUAGGAAUUAGGGCCAUCCGUUGGAUUUGCUGUUUAGAACAUCAAUUUUAAUAACUGGAUCAAUAUCAAUUUCAAUAACUGCAUUAACAGUAUAUCAUAACAUUUUUUAAUGUAGUGAACAUGUUUUAUUGAAUGUUUACAUAGUAAUGCAAGAGAGAAAUAUAAAUAGCAGAGCAUAGCUAUCUAGUAGAAGUCCAAAGAGUGAGCUCCAACUAAGGAAUAUCGUAAACAUGGGAAAAUAAAAAAAUCAUUAAAGGGACACAUUUAGUCACCAGAACAACUACAGAACAACUCCACUGUCUGCUUGGAGAUGCUGAACAUUCCUCAUAGAGAUUCAUUGACUGUGUUUGGCUUGUGCAGGCUCUGCUUCUGAUCUGCUUCCUUGAUAAGCUCAGCCAAUCCAGUGCUUUCCUAUGGGAAAGCAUUGUGAUUGGCUCAGAUCAUAACUUCUGAUGAUGUCAGCCAAGGAGGCAGAUCAGGGGCAGAACCAGCAGCAGACUGGAAUUAACGUAAGAUUUUGCUAUAUUUAGGGAGCAAGGAGAGGCCAGGGUGCUAGAUUAUGUUUUUAACACUCUAGUGUCAGAAAUACAUGUUUGUGUUCCUGGCUCAAUAGUCUUCUUUAACCUAGCGUGUUAUAAUGUUACAGGAAAGAGAAAAUCCAUAACCCGUCAAGCAGGCUAGCUGCCCAGGAUAUUAGGAGAAGAAAAAGAGUAGAGAAGGAAGGCAAUGAGCAGCAAUUCCCAGCUGGGCCAGAGCGCAGAGAGGAGCGUAUGCCUUCAUCCAGGGGCUCCAAAUUUUUAGGAAGUGAUCAGUGGUUUUGUAAAUGGGGGCCAUCAGUUUUUCCAUUAUAUACCAAAUUUUAGCCUCGACUUGUAUUUGUAAAAGGAGUGCCGCCUUUCACGUCUUGGUCAAGCAAAGCCACAAAGCUGUGCACACCCUAAAGAUAAGCUUGGGUGUUGCCCGUGUGAGAUUGAGUUCUCCAUAUCCCCUAUUAACCCCUUAAGGACACAUGACGGUAAUAUUCCAUCAUGAUUCCCUUUUAUUUCUGAAACUGUGUCCUUAGGGGGUUAUGGAUGGCUACCCACGUAUCCAGGGGAAGGAUCACAUUAACUGUCCUAUGUUGGAAUAUAUCCAACAAAAUAUUUUGCCUCUUGCGGUCCAAUGUCGGAUUCUUUCUGGAGAUAUCCCCCGAACCUCUGCGAUGCGCACAGACUGGGAGGUUCUGGCAAGGAGGAUCGGCGGUACUCUCACGGGAAGGUCCAACAUUAGACCGCAACUUUACCACGACCGCAACUGGUAAAAUAUUUUGUUGGAUAUAUUCCAACAUCGGACCGCAAAGGAUUACGUUUGGGACAGGACCAUCAGGGUGUGGAGGUAUAUACCCUUUUCCCCGUAGCCCCAAAAACAGUUGGAAGGCAUUUCUGGUUGAGCUUUUGCCAGUCGUGAGGGAUUGAUGGAUGUACCAUCACGCCAGCAGUUUGUAGCAGUAUAUAACAUACAUUUUAAAGAAACAAGAUGCAUUUAAAGAAAAUGUCAGAUUGUUGUUCUCUCCUCCACCUCUGCAUUCAAGAUAGAACACAAAUCAGUGAUGAGGAUUUAACUGGCAAGUUUAUAUCCAGUAUUUUAAGGACCAGUUUGAAGUUAACGGAACACUCCUGCACAAUAACAACUUUAUUGAAAACUCUGUAUCGCAGCACCAGAUCUCUCUGCCCCCUGUCCUUCUGUUUGUUGAAAAGAUUAAGAAUGGAAGAUUAUGGCUGCCCCUUAAUGUAAGCCAGCACCAGGGAUCAUUUGGCACCAUAACAACAUUAUUUCAAUUAGCUUGUUAUGGUGCUGGAGUGUCCCUUUCAAUAACAAAAAAUCAGAGUUGUUGUGAAUCCUUCCAUUAGAUUAUUGCGGCUGUAUAUUGAGAUGAACUUGCCCAAUAGUGUUCUAGUAAGACUUUGGAUUUGAGGUUACUGAUAAUUGUGAUGUGUGAUUUUAGCAAUAUUUUUCAUGCCUGGAAUUUUCUUUUUCUUUCAAAGGGUGCAGUGAGCUGCGGACUUACAUCAAUCCAGAAAACAAACAGAGUAUGGCGGCAUGUGAAAGUCUGCAGGCGUUUAUUGCUUAUGUAUCUUUAUAUGAGGUGUGGUGGUGUCAAAGUAACAAGCUUCCCACCCGCAAAAACUCAGAAGCAGACAUAGUAGUGGAUGUCCCACCAGGAGGUGUUGAAGAUAUGCAACAAUCUGGGGAGGAUAAGAUGCUGGAAGAAGUGCUUGGUUUUGAAGUCUUGCUAUCAGAAAGACAUGCUGCAUUUCAGAGAGCUCAGAGAGACAUUGCUGAGGUUCAGAAAGCACUACGUGACAUGAUACAACAGCACCAGAGAAUCAGACAGAUUCAAGAUAAUUCUCUAGAGCUGGAGCAAGAAGCAGGCACAAACACGUUGUCUCCAGACAAAUCUUCUGAAAGCCAAAUGUACGCAAAAAUCCCAAUUCAUACUUGGUAACACCAAGGGUUUAAAUGUAAAUUUGAGGACUUUUACCACAUUGGGUCUUAGAGUCCACCAGCUUAUCUUGCUCCGUCUUCAUACAUUACUCUGAUGUCUGAGCAUUUAGUUUUAGUGUCAUUAAUUGCUCUGAUGUCUUUUUGAUUAAUAUGUCACGGAUGAAAGACUGUUUGGAUAGAAGUGACUCAUUUAAAGACUGCUUUACAAUAUGGAGCCCAAGAUCAUUUUGUAACUGGUGUUUUAAAGCAUUCAUGAUAUGUGGAAGCAUUAAGUUAAUCUAAUUUAUCAAACGUUUUAAUAGCAGUACUCUCAUGGCCGCAUCUGUUUUUUAUUUAAUCCCCCACCCGACUACACUACAUCUAAUUCCCCUCCUAGUCACUGCCAAAUGCCCCUAGGUCCCUGAUAUUACUUUUUUUAAACUUUAUUUUGUGCCCAGACCUAGAUAGAUCCCAUAUUGGAUCUCUCACCAUAUUGUGGACUCAUAUUUUGCCGGAGUAUUUUUUCUCCACCCUUGUUUUACCUUUUAUUUUAUUGGAUCAAUAAACACUUUACUUAAGUAAGUAAGUGUUUGCAGACAUCAUUUCUACACCAGAUCUACCACCAGAGGAUCUUAAGAAGGAGAGGGACAUCCUAUGUAAUGAUCCCAGUGCUGUUCCCAUGAGAGCCAUAUGUUUAUAUUUGGCUCCUGGUUUGUGAGUACCUGAUCCUUCUUACAUCUCCUUGUAUAUAUAUUUUUUGACAAUACUACACUAUAUUGUCUUAUAUCUUUUGUAGAUAUCUCUAGGAGUGUGAUCCACCUACUGUAUGUAUUGCAUUUAUAUUGAAAUGUUUGCUAUUCUGAUGUGCUCAUCUUUUCUCAAGUUAAGCAUUUAUUUUCUUGCUACAACAAAUUUUUUAAUUUCCUUAUUUCUGCAGGUCAACUGGUCCAAGUCCACUGUCCCUGGCAGAGCUGAUGAAAAAGCUCUCUGCAGCAAACCAUAAGCUAGCGGAGUUUCCAGAGUAUUUAAAGGUGGGUUUUUUUUUAAAAAAGAAGGAAAAUGUGUGGUGAAAUGCAUGUCAAUUGGCUUGGGGAAAAUUUACAGUAGAUUAAAUUGAGCAGUUAUUUAAAGGGUUAUUCUAAACACCGUGAUUAUUCAGGUGGAUUUGGUUUAUAGAUAUGUCCGUGCUGUCUGGCUUCUCAAUUCUCUGCCAUUUAAGAGUUAACUAUGUUGUUUAUGCUGCCCUAGCUACACCUCCCUUGCUGUGACUCACACAAUGUAACGGAUUCAUCCGCACAUAGAAAUGUUUAUGAUGGUAUUUACCGUCCUGACAGGAAUAGUUGUGCCCAUCUGCAACCAUGUGCCCGGAUACCUGAUAAACCCAGCAUGUCUAGGGACGCCGGCCUCUGAGGAUCUAUGCCACUUUAUUGCCCCAUGGCUGCCCACGUUGAUGACAACGUCGGUGUGCGUGUGACGUCACGCGUGCACAUUUUGGGGUCAGAGGCCGGUUACAACCAAUCAGAUAAACAGCAGGGUUAUUUAAACAAUUUUUUUUACAUUCUCUCAUUUCCCUGUUGUGGUUUCUGCCUGAUGGUAAUCCAAGAGUGCGUUCCUGAUCUUGAUAUUUUGGUAUUUGACUUUGGCUUCGUUCUGACUUCCCUGAUUUCUGGUAUCCUUGACUUUUGGCUUUUUCUGAUUCUGUAUCCCUGACCUCGGCAAGUAUUCUUGGAUACGUUAGGUCCGGCCAUCCUAAGGUCCGGUUAGACGUUAUCCUUAGUCCUAGGUGUGAUACAAUUCUGCGUGCUGGAUCAAUUAGUAAUCCUGACGCACAUAACCUCCUGAAAAAGAUGUCUAAUUUUUAAAAUUCUGUCUUCAUUUGGUUUUAUAAGGUAUGCAUUCACAGUUAAGAAUAAUAAUAAAAGAGAAUAAAGUAAACAGGUGAUCAGGGGGUAGAAACAUUUUUGCAAGGUAACAAUUGGCAACAAUAACUACGACUUCAGACUAGGAAAUGACACCAUAAAGGUUUUAAGGCGCAAAAUAAAUAUCCAGAAAUGUAUAAUUCAUACAAUUGGCUUUGUAAACAAAACAAAAAAAUAGGAGGGACAUCAUGCUUGCGUGCCUAGUUGUUUGUCUUUACCUCUGAAAUACACAAAGAUUAAAUGGCCUAUUUCUAUGAUAAUUAGGAAGCUCAGUCUCUGGAACAAGCCAAAAUCCAGAGUCAGAGCGAAAAACACUACAAAAACUAUUGAGGAAAUUGUAUCUGCUCAGAGUGGGUAUGGUAUUAUUGAAAUAUAUGCAACUAAAGCAAAAAAACAAAUAUUACCAACAUUUUGUUUGAUUCUGCUUGAUAUAAAAGGAAAAAACAGAAGACCAUGAGCCUCGUGUAUGGGAUUAAAGUUCAAUUAAAAGAGCAGGACUGUGCAGUCACAUCCAGUGGAAAUGUGGCUAGGGCAGGAUAAAGUAAUUUAACGUCUAAAUGGCACAGAAUUGAGCAGACAGACUGCAUGGCUAUGAAACUUCUUCAUUAGGCUAAAGUUGUUUUGGUGCUUAGAAUAUAUCUUUAAGAACUGUACUUUUUUAGCUCUUCUUAAAAGGGAUGUAAAUACAUUUUAAAAGUGACAGAGUUUAAAUUUUCCUCACUAACCUUCCAAUCCUUAUGAAGAUUAAAUCUGGCCAUUUGGAUGGCUGGUGAAGACAAUGCAUUCAGAAAUGUAUUUUGCCAACCAAGGAAAUGUUUUCCCUUUUUGCAUUUAAGAAAAAAAAUGUUCAAAGAAGUAAUGCCAUUAUACACAACGUUUACUUUAAUUGAUUAAUAAAUCAUAAGUUUGUAUCUUGUCAUAUACAAGAUACAGUUGCUCUUCCACUUUCUGGGGUCUUUGAAUAUUUUGCAGAGAUCAAUAAUGGUGACUUUACUGCUGGCCAUGCGGUUGCUGUGGGGUGCAAGGAAAGGCGAGUUAUACUUACCUGAACCUGUUCAUAGCGGCUGCUGGCUCUCUUCAUCCGCGGGAUCCUCUCCAGCAUCUGGCAUUUCGCCUGCCAGGAGUAGACAUCAGUGAUGUACUCUCUUGCAUGCGUGAGAGUACAACAUUGAUGUCUAUGGAAGAUCCAACAAGACCGCAGGAGUUUCCAUAGAAAAAGCCAUUUUCCCCUCUGACGUCAGCAGUGACUGUUGAAGACUUGACAGCUGUAACUCGGUCUUUUUGUCACGCGUAGGAAAAUACAUGACAAUGUAGUGUCAGUUUUGCCUUAUAUCUAUUGACUAUUUUUAUGUUUCAGAGACACAGUUAACACGAGAUUUAAUUAAGAUGUUAUUUUCAUGAAAUGCUCAUAUUUUGGGGGAAGAGUUACAGAGCCGCUUUAAUACUUAGUAUGUGGAUGCGAGAUUUUCGGCUCGGAGCUGGAGUCACUUGUGCCAAUUUUAAUACUAGGAUACAGCUGGUGUAGUUUGCAGCAAACUUAUUACAAAGCCAGCUACCCAUAGCAAAUGACAAAUCUUAUAUGAUUAGACUUGGACACAAAAGAAAACUUCAGCUCAUCCAAAUUCAUAUGGACAAAAAGAUUUCCGUUCAUCCAAACCAAUCGCUGUCCACUAGACUAUUCAGUUUGGACCAAACUCGUUCAUUGUUUUGGAUUGCAAUUUAAUUCAGAUAUAUUAAACAUUUUUAAUUUUGCUCUUUUUUAAAAUUUUGGUUUUUCGGCUGUAACGAAUAGUACAAAGGAGGUUUAAAUCCCCCUUCUUGCCUCCAUCCAUGGCUGCUCACUGUCAAAAAAGGCUAUCUAGUCAACUAAUGCACUAGCAAUGGGCAGCUAUUGCUGACCACUCAUUAAUCUAAAUCUUCCUUGCCUCCAUGGUGUGGCAAUUAAAAAGAAAAUAACUAAAACUAAAAUAAAGUGAUGGAGAACAUAUAGUGUUUCCCACCUGUGGCCAUCCAGUGAUGGCUAUAGAAAAAGCAAAAAAACAGGGAGGACCCUGUGUCGGGCCUCCAGUCCCAAUGAAAGACAGAUGGGUGCUUUAAUGCAAUAACCGUGGAGGGGUAUAUUAUCCACCACCCGUUCUCAGCAGGUGGGUGCUCUAAAUAUAAUAAUAAGGAAGGGAUCUAUUGUCCCCCUUAGCCUCCACUCACAAUGUUAUGCAUUUGGUUAUUAUGCCUAUUGCUUGAAUUUCAGACAAAUACAGUAUUUGGACAAAACUGAAUGCACAAGUCUGAUGAUCAAUAGGUCUUGAUUGGACUCUUUAUGACACUUUAUAAGAAAUACAUUUCCAUGUAGCUAUCUAUGUUCAAUAAAAAAGACAAUGUUAGCAAUGACUCUGUACAAUCGAAAAAAGUAUAAAACAGGAUAAUGUUAGUGUGUGUGUGUGUGUGUGUGUGUGUGUGUAUGUAUAUAUGUAUAUUAUAUUGAGGGCUUGCACUCCUGGUGUAAUCCUGUGGUGCCCGGUGCUGGUCUGGCAAGGAUUAUGUAGACAUAGCAGAAAUGACUGCACUCCAAGGACUUUAUAGAGAUUUUCAAAUAAAAUUUUACUUUUAUUCAAUCUAUUUAAAAAGUCAAUGUUUCAGCUCCCACAUGGAGCUUUCAUCAGGACAAAACAUGUAUCUGUCACAGCUACUUUAACAUUGCUUUGAUUAUACUUAUCAAUUUUUAUUGCUCUUAUUCUGAUUGCACACAAAUACCCCCUGACAAAAAAAGAAUACUGAGGCUAUCUCUUGUUGAAUAGAGUUGAAAGUUUAUAAUGACGUAACAAACUAAAGUACUACACAUUGGGAUAUGUUCAGUACUAGACUAGCUUUACUUCCUAUUAAUAACAUUCUCUUGUUGUGCUGUUUUGUUAAUGUUGGUAUCCUGUUCUUUUUACCUACCUUCUCAGGUCUUGCACUUCCCUGAUGUUUUGGAGAGUUGUCUGGUACUACUUCAUCUACCACCCUAUUCCACGUCUCCUAAAAUACGGGCACAGGCCUUGGCUAUGCUGCAGAGUCAUAUUACCGGAUCCAUUGACCAUGAGAAAGCAGCCAUGAAUUUCCUUUCCUCGCUCUAAUAACCUGUCAACAGUAUCUCGCACUGCUUUCAGAUCUGCAGUAACCACUGCCUUAGGUGCAGGUGGCUAAUAACACCAUUCUUCACUUUCAUCAGGCUGCAGAAGAUCAUAGAGACCAAAACAUCUUCAUAACUUCUACCUUACCAUAUCCCGCUUUACUGUGAAAAAUACGCUGCACGCGUUUGCUGAACUCCAGAAUUAAUCGUAGAAGAAGCUGCUAAAAAUUGGAGAGUUUGAGGCAGAACAAUCUUUAAUAUUGCUGCCACUUUAUGCACAACCAUGUGAACAUAGGCUGCAUAGUGUAAUUAAAGGAAUAGCUGUGGUCAUCUGGUUCACAUUUAUGGGAGUCAACACAGGAAUGGGCACCAUAGGCUUUAUACAAUACAAAAUAAUUUUAAUUUGGAAAAGAUUAAUCUAUAGGAUGUUGGCUUGGAACACACAGAUAUACAUUAUUUAAUUUGUGUAGGCACAUAUCUGCACAUUGUUUUAUAAAACUGUAUAAUACCAAGGAUAUUUCUUUAUGUAACACAGUUUGUCUCCAAUUUAAUAAGUAUUGUAACUGGAAAGUGUAGUUGUAAAGACCUAUAUUUACAAUCUGCAAUAUUUAUUUUAUUGAUGAGGGCAAACCAAUAAAGAAGACCCGAACAAUAGCUGCCAUGACAAUUGCUAUGUAAAAGCUGAACAUGCUUUGUUUUGUCAUUUUGGAUUACCAUAUUAUGAAUCGAUUUGUAUUUGUUCCAUAGUGGGUGCCAUCCUGAACAUGCAGUAGGCUGGUUAGUUAUAUUUACAGCAAGUGUUGGUUUUAUUGUUUUUUUGUGCUAUGUAACACAUAACUAGGGAAGUAUGAGGUGGCAUCAAGCUAGCGGGUGGCACUCCUUUGCAAUACAUUAGUUAAAAUGAGCUUAUUAGUGAAAACAGACUACAUUUGUACCUGGCAGUUUUGCCCGUUCAUUUACAGUCUGACACAGCAGUAAAUGAGUCGUGGGAGUUGGGAAUGUCUAGCUCCAAACACUCUUGAAACUCUGGGUUGUCGGUCCUUUCCCCUUGUUUUGCACAGGACCCAAAGAGAAAGUUGGAGAUCUUUGGAUAAGCAGCUUUGUGAAGUCACGUGGUAUACCUGCAUAUAACUUACUGAAGAACGGUAGUUUAAUACUAAUUCACCGUUAGGCGUGAUACAUGGCAAUGGAAUUUGAGGACUAUCUUAAGAAUAACAUACAAGACCAUUGUACAUAAUUGGAAAUAUGUAAAUGUGAUCACUUAAAGGAGACAGCUUUGAUGCACUGUUGUAUAUACUGACCUGUUUGACUGUUCAACAUGUAUUGCAUUUUUAUAGUUUUUUUUUUAUUUUUGAAUGUGUGCGGUAUAUUUAUAUAUACAUACACACAUGUAAUUCCUGAAGUGAAAACUAUUCUAAUGCACUUACUCAUGUAUGUUGUGUACUGCAGCACACUUAGGCUUAUAUAUUCCACUGAGCAGGCUAGAAUGGUGAUGACAACCUGUUCCAAUACAGUUGUUAGGGGCCUAGUUGUUUCUGUUCAGCAAGCCUCACAUAGCAGCUGAAAUGUUACAGGUUUGCCACCACCAGACAUCUAGAGCUUCUUUAUCACUAUCAAACUGCUCAGGAACCGCAGCUAGUAUCAGGGACAUAGAGGAAAAUGGUACUAUUAACACAAAGCUGUGCUGCAUGUAAUCAUCUCUUACAUAAGAUGCCAAGGAAAUCUUGAAAAUAUUUUUCUCUCUUUUUUUUUUUUUUUUUCUUUCAUUUUUCAAAAUAAAUAUUUGAAGUGGCAUUUUGACUGUGCUUUCUUUUUUUUGUGUGGUAGAGAAAGUAUUAAGUAAGAGAUUAAUGUGCACAACUGCUAUUUACACAUGGGGGCUUAAAAC